GCUUUCCGGCUCGGCCGGGAAACGGGAAGCGGCGGGCGGAGAGGGAGGCCGUCGACGAAGGCUGGUCCCUCAGCUUGGGGAGCGUGUCCGAGAGAGGCGGGGGGUCGUUGGGGGUUGAGGGAGAGAAGCGGUGCGGAGCCUCGAGCGGCAUAAGAAGCCCUCACAACGGCUAGGAGGGCCGGCGUGCGUGCGUGUGGCCGCCUCGCUCCCCUCAGCCGGGAGAAUGUGGAAGGGAACUUUCCCCGUCGCCUUUCCCCCUCAAGGAGCCCCUUCGCCGCCCCCGGGCCCGCUUUCCCCCCGGUGGUGACCCUGUCGUCGUCCCCCACUUCCACCGGGGCGUGUGAGGCGAGCGGAGGAGGGUCGGAGGGCGGGUGCUGCUCCCCCCAAGCAUGAGUGCGGGGUCUGACGCCCCCAGGAAAAGGAUCAGGUCGGACCCCCCGCUCGCCCCCUCUGCCGUCGGCGUCAGCAGCAGCAGUGGCUCGGAAGAAGAAGCGCAGCCCCCUUCCUGGAAGAGGAAAGUGACCCAGUGGCAGCCGCCUCUUCCCUUCAGCAGGGAGCAAAGGUCCAGCAGCAGCAAAGCCAGCCCCGCAGUCACAGUGGGGAACAAAGGUUCGCGUCGCCGUGGGGAUCCUUUCUCUACAAAAAGAAGGGGAAAAGGCCAUUCUUAGUCACUUGCUUUUCUCAUCUGGUUUGCUGGGAUGGGGGUGGGGAAAGGGGUGUGUGCAUUUCCAUUUCCCCCCCCCCCCCCCACGCGUCAGUUGUGUGGGUUUCCAUUGCCACAGCUGCCAUCAUGCUCUCCUUUUGGGUUUACGGUGCCAGCCUUGAUCCCUGUGCUCUGCUUGGGAGAAAGGUUGCGGCCCUUCCAGGCUGUUUAUGUCAGGAUCACGCUUGGGUUUAAGGCUGUGGUCCACGAGACGCGCUGCAACUUAGAAGAGAACCUAAGGGUCAUCUAGCCCACCCCCCAGCGAUGCAAUCUUUUGCCCGGCAUGGGACUCGAACCCAUGGACCUGGGAUUUAAGAGUCUUGUGCUCUACCAAUUGAUGGAAACAGGCCCAUUGAAUAAAGUGGUACUCGUUUCUUACUCAACGUGCAUAGGAUUGGGCUGAAAAAUUGGGCUGGGUAGACAGAUUCGGCAUAGUCGCUUGCAGUAAUUUAAAACAAGUUCUGAUGCUUUUGUCACAUUACCUUUAAAAACUGAAAAUCAUUGUCCUGCUUGUAUAAUGUCAUAGUUUGACAAGACAGUGGCUCCAUCUAAGAAGAGUGGUCACUUCCGCUUUACAGAAUAUGCUGCAAUUAAAAGGGAAGCCAUAUAAGAGCAUUCUUGGCUUUGGUGUUCAUUUGAGAAGAAUUAACUGACAACAGUAUUUGACUAGUCAAUUUAUUGGCAUCACAGUUUUGUAUAAUGUUGUUCUGCAACUCUUAUGAGUACUUGGAACAAAGGGUAUGCUUCUGAAUUUGAUUGUUUUAGCAUCUUAGAUUAGUUGUUGAGGCCCUGGUAAUGUGUAUUUAUAAAGGCCAGAAUGUAUUAAGAUAAUUAUUAUUUGAUCAAUCAAGAUUGAUGAAAGAUAGGAACUAUCUAGUACAGUGGUACCUUGGGUUACAUACGCUUCAGGUUACAGACUUCACUAACCCAGAAAUAGUACCUCGGUUAAGAACUUUGCUUCAGGAUGAGAACAGAAAUCGUGUGGCGGUAGUAGGAGGCCCCAUUAGCUAAAGUGGUGCUUCAGGUGAAGAACAGACCUACGGAACGAAUUAAGUACUUAACUCGAGGUACCACUGUACAAAGAAAGUUGCUUGGUAAAACUCAAAGUUGUGAAUAAAAAUUCUCAGCCUGAGAAGGGAUACAUUGUUGGUAUACAGUGGCAUAAGUGUCUUGUGGCACUUGAAAAACUGACCCAGUUAUUAUGGCAUGAGCUUUCAUAGACAAGAGCAUACAUAUUUCAUGGAAUCCAUACAGUGUAGUGAAGGUGUCAGAAUUGGGUGUGUAAGGCGCGAGUCCGAGAGAAUUGGAGUGGAGCUUCCUUUUGAAGCAGAAGUGGAGCUUCUGUUACUGAAGAAAUCUCUUGGUUUGAUGUGCUCUUUUUAGCUUUUCUUAGCACAACAGUUUCUCAAGACAUUGUUUCAAAUGCACUGGUCUUCUCUCUUUCAUUGUAUCAAUUCUGGACAGUUUUAUUUUUGAAUAGUUCAAAUAGUACAAACUAUUUGAUUGUACAUAUAAAUUCAUCCAACUUUCUGUUUAGUAAUAACCUGAAAAUAGCAUCUGAUUUAAUAGUUCUGAAUUUGUUUUACCUUCAUGGAGUAAAGCAUGAACAGAAUUGGAGAAGAGAUGACCCAAGAAAUGCCAUUUCUAGUACACAUUUUAAUUAAAUAACUGGUGGUAUUAGUAAUUUGAUUACUCGGAUAACCUAUUGUUAUCAUAUCAUACAGAUAUGCUUGUCAGGAAGCUAUGAUUGGCUGCAGCUGCCUUUUGAGCAUGCCUCGCUGUCUUACCAGAGUUAGCUAAAGCACCAUGAAACAAGUUUGGAGUUUGCAGAUAAUUCAGAUGCCAAGACAAUUAUAAAAUAUAAUAUUGUAUCUCUUUUGGUUUUAAAAUAGGAAGCUGGUUGUUGCAAUAUAUUGUACUGUGGUUCUUCUUUCCCCCCCUCUAGUUUACAAACAAAGGAGGAUUACCUCUUGGAUGGAGAAUAAAGGACCCAAAACAGUGGAGUCAAAAAGGUAAAAACAGAACACAGGAGUAAUUUAUUUAUCCAGAAUGUAACAAAAGGAGAGAAGGACUCAUAAUCAAAAUAUGCCUGGUGCUUCUGUUCAUUCUACACUUACUGCGUCUCCACCCCCAUCGUUCAUCUGAGGUCCAGCUCCGUGGGCCUUCUGGCGGUUCCCUCCCGGAAAAAAGUGAGGCUACAGGGAACCAUGUAGAGGGCUUUCUCGGUAGAGGCUCCCGCCCUGUGGAACACCCUCCCAUCAGAUGUCAAGGAAAUAAACAACUAUCUAUCUUUUAGAAGACAUCUGAAGACAGCCCUGUUUAGGGAAGCUUUUAAUGUCUGAUGUUUAAUUGCUUUUUUAUUAUUAUUAUCAUUAAUUCUGUUGGGAGCCACCCAGAGUGGGCAGGGUAUAAAUAAUAAAUAAUUAUUAUUAGCCGCUGCAUUUUGCUCCAGCUGCAGCUUCUGGACCAGGCGCAAGGGUAGCCCCACAUUGAAUGCCCUGCAUUAUCAAGUCUUGAAGUUACCAGUGCAUGAACUUGCUCUUUUGAGCCCUGCCUGAAAUUUAACUGGGUGUGUUGAGCCGGUGGGCCCUGGGCACGGGGAAUGCCUGAUACCUUAAAGAAGGUGGUGCGGCCACUACUGAAGAAAAUGGCCUUGGACUCAAGGAAUUGCAACAACUUUAUUAAAAUAGUGAAGCGUUACUAUAGCCUUAAUUUGUGGGAAGAUAAACAUCAGUUUUACCUUUGGUUAUGGGACAACAUUUUAUUUGUAUUUGUGUUGUUUGUCUUUUUACAGCUCACAAAACAAAACUUGCAGCACAGAAGCAGAGCCCAAAAUGACAUUUGUAAAGCAAGACAAUGUUUUUGAACAUGAAGUGAAAAAUGCUGAGGAUGUUCUUCAGCAGGGCUGUUCCAGAUUACCUGUGGAAAUGAAUACCAGGCAUGUGGCCUUGCCUCAGACUGCCGCCCUGCGUAAUUGGGAAGCUGAGCAGCUAGGUAGGGAUCAACUUUCAGAAGCAGAGUCUUUGAAAGGAAUCCAAACUGGAGACCAGUUGAAAAAUGCUAAUGCUAAUCAAACACAUAAAACUGGCAGUCAGGCCCAUCGGGGUUGCAAUGAAAAUCAGGAAAACUGUACUCAUAGGAAACUUUCAUCAGGCAGCCCUGUGAAGGUAGCAAAUAUAAAACAGCCAUCAAAAGACUAUGAUCCGGAAAGGCAAGCAACUUUGCAAAAUUUGCAGCCGUUUAAGAACUACAACUCUGAGCAUGUAACUUGCAUAGCUGUUGAGUCAGAGGAGGUGGAUGUAGUGCCUGAGAGCCCACUUUCAGAUGCAGGCUGUGAUGCUUGCUCACCUGAUUUGUAUGCCACUCAGAAAAGAGAUCAAGGAUGCUGGGGGGAAUCUCCUUCUUUUGAGAAAGAGAGUGAACCUGACUCACCAAUGGAUGUAGAUAAUUCCAAAAACAGCUGUCAGGGCUCAGAGGCUGAUGAAGAAACCAGUCCACUUCUUGAGGACCGAGAAGACAUUGAUGUGCCAAAAGCACCAAACAAAUCCUCACGGUUUCGAAAGGCUGACCUGGAUUCAAGAAAGUCACAAUCCCGGAGAGGUGAAGGUGCUCGAUUUAAUCUCCACUUGGAAGGGAUGGAUAAUCAAGUCAAACAGGGUGAAACGCCCACUGAAUCACCUGGGAUAUCACUAGCUGUGUCAUCAGAAUGCAAAGGUGCCAAACAUUGUGGGAGGAAGGACUCUAAAAUUACUUCCCAUUUCAUGAGGGUUCCCAGGACAGAGGAGAAAAGGUAAUCUGUCUCCCCUUCUUCUUUCCAUACUAUUGCACUCAAGUAGCACUGCAGUUAGAAUUUCAUUUUUGUCUAUAUAGUAAAACUUUACAUCUGUUAAAACAGACAUAAAAACAUGUCUAAUUCAGUGUUACUUUAACAUGAGCUAUUGCGUAAGCUAAGGCUUGUGCAGCAACCACAACUCCUACUGGACGGAUAUAACUGCUCUGGUAACUUCUAGGUUAGACUACCUUAAGGCCUUCUUUGUGGGAUGCCUUUGAAAAUUGAUCAGAAACUUCGGUUUGUUUAAAGUACAGUUGUGAGCCUAAAUAGAACCAGCUGUAGCAGAGGUGGUAAAUUGGAUCAUCCAGACUUCUACCUACCUUGGGUCAUUUUGACAAGUGCAAGGGGCCACCCACGUGACAAUCACCAGAAGCAAUGUUAUCAGCUGGAAUGUUUUCCUUUGCUUGUACAGUUUGAAAUCAAACCAUAUAGGUAAAGGUACAGGGUUUUGCAUGCAUCACCAAUCUGCUGAUUGGUGGUGCCUGCAAAUCCCACUUAUGGCAGGGAGUCAUAUCCUUUCCUGCCUUGCAUCUGUCUUAUAGGAUGUCAGGUGUAGGACAGGUUGGAGUGACUUGAAGAAAAUGUCUCCGCAGGCCAAACUAGGGCUCCUGCCAUGCCUAAUUAGACCUGUGAUCAGGAGAUUUCCCACCACUAGAUUACAGGGAUCAUAGUAUCUCAACAGGUCAUAAACAGUUUGAUUUUGAUGCAUGUGAAAGUGUUGGUGCUUAUGUUUAAAGCCCUAAAUUGCUUGUGACUAGGGUAUCUAAAGGAUUGUCUAUUUCCAAAUGAAUGGAAUGUUUCGCUCUUUUGCUGGUUUUUAUUGCUCGACUGUUGGUAUUCUAUUAUUGUUAAUAAUCAUAGAGUUGGAAGGGACCUUGAGGAUUAUCUAGUCAAACUCGCUGCAAUGCAAGAAUAUGGGUAUUGAACACACAAACGUGGUGUUAUCAGCACCAUGCUUUAACCAACUGAGCUAAUUUGUUUCAUUAUGGGUUGUGUGUGUGUGAAAUUGUUAGCUGCUUUGGGAGCUACCUGCUGAAGAGCUGUAUAUAAAUUAUUUUCAUAAAUGAAUAAAUUUUGUGUAUCCUGCAAACAUCUCCCAAGAUUAACUGAAUAUGCUCACUUGAGUUUAUCAUGUGUCCAUUGUUUUAGGACAGCAGGUGAGCAUUUUGAGUGUGUAGCAAACCCCCUUACCUGCCACUCAACACUAAUUUUCUUUAAAAAAACUUCAAAUGAUGACUUGGAUAUGUGAAAUAGUCAUCAUAGAUUAAACAUCAUAGCUGUUUCCUAUUACUUGAUAUCACCUCAAACACAGUACUUUUCAAGAAAGGUGGUUCACUCAUGCAAUUGUGAGCUGCAUGUCAUGUGACAAGAAGAAAUGUAUUACCAAAUGAUGCAUUACUGGAUGAUAUGCAUGUUCAUAUGCUCAGCCUGUGAGUGGGGGCAGUGCAAAAUUUGCUUCCCCUCCCUCCAAAAUACAAGGAUUUUUAUGGAGGGGGUGAGCAUAAAUGCCUCUGAGAAUAUUAUAUUUUGCCCCCACUGUGUAAUAAUAGUUCCUCUGUUUAUAUUUUGGAGAGAAUGAAAUUAUUUCUGUUAGAUACAAAGCAUCAGGCAAGUUUACAUGAUGCAAACAUACUGCAUUACUGGUUUUGAAUGUUAGUAAGACAUCUAGAGGAAAAAAACCAUAUGUUUGACACCGAGAGUCUCUGUUCAGCGAAAAAGGCAUGUUUAAGAUGAUAAUUUAACUUUCAUUUUAAUAGCAGGAAUGAACAAUGUGAAUUAAAGCCGCCUCGACCAGGAAGGAAGAUUGCUAAAUAUACUCCUCCUCCACUUCCAACUAAUAAAAAAUGGUUUGGGACACCAAUUGAAGAGAUGAGAAGAAUGCCAAUGUGUGGGACUCGUCUGCCGCAUUUGAGGCCAUCUGCCAAUCAUACAGUGACAAUCAGAGUAUGAAAAUCCAAGUUGCUUUACCAACAAAGCUUCCUUUGUAAAUUAAAGCUAGACAGUUAUUGUUCUCUUCAUAAAGUCUGGAUUAAGUAUUGAUUCAGCAGGUUGGGGAGGUCUUUAGAUCGCCAUGCCUUGAGAAUAGUAGACCCUAGAAUUCAGAAGAGCAGCAUUUAGGGACUAACUACCUGUUGCACACAGGUGUAAAUGUUCAUGCCCUGUUGCCAUCUUUUGUUUUAAAAGGACGACCACUUCAGGAAGGGAUGAGUGAGAUCACAGAAGUGUGGAGGGCAGGCACUUAAACACAUUUCCACCUGUAACUUAGCUUAAAAUUGCCUCUUUGCUAUUCUAGAGGGAGAGCAGUUUGUUAAGUAGCUCUGCAUAGCAUUGCAGCCUAAGUUAGAACUACCUACAGUGGUACCUUGGUUCUCUAAUGGCUUAGUUGUUGAACAAAUCGGCUCCCGAAUGCCACAAACCCGGAAAUAAGUGUUAUGAUUUGCGAACGUUUUUCAGAAGCUGAACAUCCGAUGCAGCUUCCGCUUGAGUGCAGGAAGCUCCUGCAGCCAAUCGGAAGUUGUGCCUUGGUUUUCAAACGGUUUCGGGAGUAGAAUGGACUCCCGGAGCGGAUUAAGUUCAAGAACCAAGGUACCACUACUUUUGCAUAGUAUUGAAUAUGUUUAUUUUAGUAUAAUGCAAAUUCUUGCAUAUUGCAUAGACUGGACAUUAUUGCCUGUGUAUUUUUGGAUAUGUAUUUAUAUUUUAAGUUUUAAUGUGCAUUGUACUUGCAGAUAAGAUCACAGGUAAUUUCUUCCUUUUUGUAAGAUUUAAUACAGUGCUCCUUACAUAUUUUCUCUGUUGCAGGUAGAUCUUUUGAAGGAAGGAGAAGUGCCUAAACCUUUCCCAACACAUUAUAAGGAUUUGUGGGACAAUAAGCAUGUUAAGAUGCCUUGUUCAGAACAAAAUUUAUAUCCUGUAGAAGAUGAGGUGAGGCAUGCUAAAAAUUUGGGCGAUAAAACUUUUGUCAGGCUAAAAACUCCACCAAGUUUCUUAGAUAUGCUCUAAAUUCAUGAUCAUAAAUUAUUGUGGCUUUAGAUGAUUUGUUCAAGUUUGAUAACUAUUCUAAUGCAUGUGAUGUAUUGCACUACAUUAAGUGUAUGAAUCCAGAUAAUUGUGUGGCAGAAUGACAGCUCAUUUUCCUGUCUGCUACUUUUAAAUAUGAUUGCUUAGCACUGAUAAAGUGUUUGUAUUAUGAGUGAAGAUAAAGUUGCCAUAAACGACCUUUACUUCUCGCUUCUGUGGCUUGCAUUGACAAAGUUAACACAGUAGGUGCAUGCCAAUAUAUUUCCAUGGGCUACAAAAAUCCAUGGUUCCAAGCUAUUUUAUUUCAGCAGAGCAACAAAUGAACAAACUUUGAGCCAAAUAAUUAUAUCUAAAUAUUAGAAGCUGUUUAUUAGCUACUUGGGCUUAUGGUAGAAUUUGAGGUGAUAUUAUUGGUUUUUGUAAUUCCACGCUUAGUUUUCAUUUUUUAAAGUAUAGCUCCCCAUCCCAAAGGUUCAUGGCAAUUGAUUUUACAGUGUAGAAAGGAUUUGCAGAGGUUCAUAGAACAUUACAGACAGAGCAGUGGAAGAUUUCAAAAGCGUGAGAGUUGCUUUUCUGAGUCAUGUAGUCAAUCUAGUGUUCUCAUUGCGUCAGUGGCCAGUUUGAUUCCUCCAAAAAGCAGGACAUGAGAUUGAUUCUCCCCCUUUGUUGCUAGUGUAUGAUAUUCAGCAAACUUGCCUCUGUAUAUAGUGGAUGGUUCCCGAUUAAUUUGAUUAAGCUACUGGAAAUCUCCAUGUUUUGUUGAUAGUGAAGUCCUUGAUUAGUUAUGUGGCAUGUGAAGAAGUACUUCCUUUUUGUCCUUCCUGAAUCCGCUGCUAAAUGACUUCACUAAGCAUAAAGACAAAGACACCAUAUAAUCAUACUAUUUUGCUGUAUGGAAGACCUUUGUUGUCAUUCUGAUGUAUAUACAGUUUAUUUUUCUAGAGUCCACAAAGGCAAAAAAAUGCCGAGUACUGAGUUGUUUGAUAUACCUGAUCUUUGGAAGAGUCACUUUACCUUACUUUAGAGCCAACUUGGGUGUACUUGUACAGCUUUCAGAAAAAAUGUGUGAAAGCCAAGCAUUUCAAGGGUCCGCAAACAUUGAUGCCAUGGUGACCAAUAAUUUAAUGCUAUAAUUAGUGUGUAGUCUCCUUUCCUGAUAUCCCCCCCAUUGUUUUUGUUUGUUUAAACAUGCUGGCAUUUUCCCUAUUAGUAGCUAAACUAUGAUGUUGGAUCAACCUCUGCUGCUGAAUCACUAAUUCUGCCACAUCUCCCCAUAGUCAUCUGAUUCACUGACUGAAUGGGAACUAGCUGCAGCAUUUUAUUUUCCUCAGUCCUUGUUCUUGCUUCUGUGCUUACCUAUGUCUGCAGCUCUCCUCUUUGCCCCCACCUUACCAGAGUCGAACGCCAGUCCCUCAGCUCUUUUUCAGGUAUCAGAGUCCACUUGUAACUGGCCUCAAUUUUUCCUCUGGAGGAGGGAUGAAAUUAGACAUUUUCCAUCAAUCCCUUCAGCAUUGUUCUUACAAGGUUGAUUGAAGAAAAAGCUAUCUGUAGCUGCUAUAGGAAAGGGUCUUCAGCAGAAAAACCUGGAGUGGACUUUAUUUUUUGUUUUGUGGGAAAAAGGAUGGUAUUGACUACUUGUCUUUUUAGCCAUGAAAACAUAUUGUAUUGUUUCUCAAAAUAAAUAAAGCUUUGUGUUAGGGGAUGUGUGUAAAGCAGGGGAACACACUGAUUCCCAGACCAUCCGCGUGCCAGAUUGAGGUGGUGAUUGGGCCGCAUCCGGCCCCCGGGUCUUAGGGUGCCUACCCCUGGUGUAAAGAAUGAAGAACAGUAAGAGCUGUUCAGCCAUGGAACAGUCUCCCUUUGGAGGUUGUGGACUCUUCCUUGGAGGAUUUUAAGCAGAGGUUAGAUGGCCAUCUGUCAUGGAUGCUUUAGCAGAUAUUCCUGCAUUGCAGGGGGUUGGACUAGAUGACCCUUGGUAUCCCUUCCAACUCUAUGAUUCUAUGAAUCUUCCUAUGGCAGGAAAGUUGGAAAGGUCUGUGUGAGACAAUAUUAAUUGUGAAUUGCUGCUGAGUUGGAGUUGAGGGGAAAACAAGGGCUACAUUUUGCAAAGUGGGAGUCUUAAUUAUGUACAUCUCCUAGAGAGAUGAGUGCAGUCUUAAUUUUUGGAAAGAGCCUUUGAGAGAGCCAGGCUUUUAGGUGAGGUAUUCCAUUUGCCCUGUAAGUCUUCAUCCUGAAUUCUGUGUGAGCAGCAGGCUGUAUUUGCUCAGGCCAAAGGGAAGACACAUUGCAUGUGCUAAGAAGUGCAUCUAUAGUAUACCCACUAGUUAACGAAAAUAAUUGUUGGCUACCAUAUCAAAUUUCAGUUUAUGGACUCCUGUGAAUUCUAAAACUGAACCAAUAGAUCUCUCCUCUUUUCCUCCAUAAUUGUGACACAAUUACCAAGUAGGCAGUCAUUCUAUUCCAAUUCACUAUUAUUUUCAUGUUCGUUGUGAGCCUGAAUAUAAUUUUCUAAGCUGAAUCUUAAAUAUUAUUUUCUUUCUUAAGAAUGGUGAAAGAACUGCUGGGAGUCGAUGGGAAUUAAUCCAGACUUCACUGCUUAAGAAGUUCACCAGCUCCCGUGAUCUGAAGGUAAGGCGGAAAAACACUAUGCUUUCUAAAAAAAUCAUUGGCUGCAUUUGGUUGUCAUGCUAAACCAUAAUUUAGCAUGAUGUGAACCAACAUAUGCAGGUAGGUCCCCUUUCCUCCUCCGGCACUGUAGCUAAGAGGAAUUUGGAAACUUUCUCUUCAGUUUUGCCUAACCAUAACUUACCUUAUCAUCUGAGCUGACAAACUGGUUUGAAAGCCAGUUUGAAAUAAUGGUUUCAUCAAAGAGAUUUCUAUCUAUUGGCAUAGUAAGAAAAUUGGAAAUGUUGGAAGUUUCCACUUAACAAUAUUAGAGAGUGGAUGACCUGAUUUAGUAUGGUUACAUUUUUGCACUCCCCAAAGCGUGAGGAUAUCCAGUUGACUUCAUGAUUUGGAGAGGUGACAUGUUUGAACUGCUGAUUACCCAAACCAUCAGAUUUGCUACCAUUUCCUCCUAUCUUGGCAACUGGCAAGGUACACACAGCCUAUGAUUUGGGUGGCUUAACAAAAUCAAAACUUUGAAACUCUUUGGGGAAAUUCUAAAACUGAGCAAAUAUUCCUCUGCUAGUUUCCUCCAAACAGGUUGUUUAAGAACAGGUGAAAGUACAAUGAUAUUUCUCAUGUUUCAACUCAAUCACCUUUUAGCCCCUGACCAUUAGGUCCAGUCGUGGUCGACUCUGGGGUUGCGGCGCUCAUCUCACUUUAUUGGCCGAGGGAGCCGGCGUACAGCUUCCGGGUCAUGUGGCCAGCAUGACUAAGCCGCUUCUGGUGAACCAGAGCAGCGCACGGAAACACCGUUUACCUUCCCACCGGAGCGGUACCUAUUUAUCUACUUGCACUUUGAUGUGCUUUCGAACUGCUAGGUUGGCAGGAGCACGGACCGAGCAACAGGAGCUCACCCCGUCACCGGGAUUCAAACUGCCGACCUUCUGAUCGGCAAGUCCUAGGCUCUGUGGUUUAACCCACAGUGCCACCCGUGUCCCAUACCAAUCACCUUUUAGGGCUUCUAUUUACAGUUGCAUCAGAUGCAUAACAAGUAGAAUUGUGUGGUCUGAUUAUAUAGUAUUUUUAAAAAUAAUAUCUCUUUACAUUAGAAUGAAUAAAAUGCUUGGCACCAGUAUCCAUGAAAAAUACUUUUAAAUACUAAUGUGUGGUUCUUGUUAAGUCCUUGCUAAGUCCUUGCUAUAGCCCAUUCACCAUGCUGGAAUGUUUAAUCCAUUAUGGUGGAAUUUAAAGCUGAUAAUCCUCAUGGAAAAAUUUGUUUUUUUCUUUAAGUAUUCUUAAUUUGAGCUUCCAAGAUUCUCAGAACAGGGUGGUCUGCCAUGCAGGCACAGCCAAGACCCAUAUAUGUUUAGCUUCAGCAAGGUGGGAGCAUCAUUUUCCGUUGCAUUCUGCCCUGCAGCCAGAGUUGGUGUAGACAAAUUUAAGUUGGUUUGUGUGAUAUAAUAGUAAAUAUUUAUUCAUUGAAUUUAUAUACUGCCCUAUACCUGAAGGUCUCAGGGCGGCUCACAGAACAAAACCAGAACACAAAACCACAAAAUAUAUAAUCAGAAUAAAAACAACAACCCAAUACCUCCCCAACUCAAUAACCCUCCAAUAAUUGAUUUCAAAAUGCCUAAAUGGUUGUUUCAGCACAAUCUUCUGGGAAGGCAAAGAAAUGUAAUACCUGAUCAGUUCUUUUAUGAAUGAGUAGUUCUGUUAGUGUUGUGACACUAAUGCUUUAGUAAUGUGUAAAGAAUAAAAAGUAACUCGAUAAUUUUGCCUAUAUGACAGAAGCUCAUUCUACUCAAAGUUGCCUGGCAUCCUUAUUCAUGUACUACCAAUAUAGAGAAAAUACCUUUUCUAAAUGGGACACAAUUAUUAUUGUAGCUCAAGGUCCUUUGUAAUGCAAGUGGUGUUGAAUUAUGGGGUUUUCAGUGUUUCUUAGGUGCCUACUAAUGACAAUAAAGCAAAAUACCUGCUUAAAUAAUGAAUUUAUAAAUUUAUACCUGCUUAAAUAAUAAAUAACAAGAAAGCAAAAAACCUGCUAUCAAGGUUGAUGGUGGCCUGAGUUUGCAGGACAGAAGAUAAAAAGAGGCUUGAAAAUUGAAAUUGAUCACACCUGUGCUAACAUCUCUGUAAGGCAGUCUGGCAUCCUUCCAUUUAUGAUUGUAUUCCUAUCCUGUCAUCUAUAGAAAUAACUGUUUGACCCCAUCUUGAUACAGUUGCUAGAAAAGAGGUAGGUGGUUCAAGAUGUUGAUGAAGUGGCACUCAAAUGAAUGACUACAUGCUUCACAGUUAAAUGAACAUCCAUCAAUUUUGCAAGAUCCUACUGCAUGAAAGAUAGCACAGUGAAAUAUUGCUGUGCUGCACUUUGAGAAUGAUUAGUACAAAUAGACUGUUUUACUGGACAGUCUGUAUGCUAUUGCAUUGCAUAGUAUACUUUGUCAGCAUUUUUUCCCCAUCUUGCCUGAGGAAACUCUUAUGUUGUUGUAAACAAAAAUCUGCCCUUUUUCUCUUAUGGGGUAUCCAAGAGCCCAUAUAGAGUCCUUACGUAGGUUUCCUAUUGGUAGGAGAAAAUAACACAGAGGCCAACCAGAGAAUAUUGAGAAGCAAAGCAGCUAGUAAGCCUGAUCUUUAUUGAUCUGUUGCAACAGGGUCCUCCCUCACCACACGGGAGGGAGGAGGAACCCAGAACAAUGGCGCGCAAGGCCUUAUAUAGACAUUUUAAAUUCCCUGCCCUGGAGCUCAAGACCACCCCUCCAUACAUCAUACAUACAUCACAGAAGGGGUGUAACCUAAGACCACCCCCCAGAUACAUCAUACCGACAUCACAGAAAAGGCGGUCUAAAACAGAAAUUUGAAUGUUGCUUUUCUCCUGUCUUAUCUCCUGUCUGGCAGGUUACUUGAUUGUAUACCCUGGGGAGCCUGGCCAGUCUUUUGUAAUGAUAAAUACUUAGUUCCUGGGCCAGGUCACAGGCUCACACCCUAUUCAUAUCUUAAGUCUUAAAUCUUAAAAGGAUUUGUGAGGAAAGAGACAAUGGGGAGGUUUCCCACUUUGACCUUGCAGAGAAAACAUUUGCUCAGUUUGGGAAUCAAAAUGGUUUUGCUUGGUUGGUACACUUAUGAACAUUUAACAUAUAUCUAAGACCUCAACAUUCCAAUCACAAUGUAACAGACGGUCACUUCAUGUUCUCAUUCAAAAGGGUCAAAAGAGUGACCCUUAGGGACAUGUUGCAGAGAUAGUGGGAGUUAAGAAAAUUGGGGAGCGGUGUAAUAGACAGUGACAUAGGUCUGAGUCUCUGAUAUGACAUUAUUUUUAUGUCCGAGCAGAAUCUGGGUUGUGAUGACCAUUGAGGUUUUAAUACAUACAGUUCCCACCUUGGCUGAAACCCAAGGAGAAUUGGUUCUCAAGUCACAGGGCACCUGGUUGGAGCUCUUUGCAUGAAAUAGCAGAGUUAUAAACAAAAGAAAACAAAUAACAUAAAAAGCUGGUUGGAGAUUUGGCACAAAAGCUUAUCAGAGGCUAAAUAUGUAUUGGGGCGGAGGGGGGGGAGGGGAGACUAGCUUAUGCAGGCUGGCAGCAUUCCCUGUUUAAAAAGCUCUCAUGCUAAAUCCCCAGACUGCAUUUUGAACGUAAUGGAAUUUAAAAAGUUAUUGGGGGUCAGAUGGAGAGAAUUUCUGGAAAGGAAAUACCGCCACGUAUUGAUUACACUAUUCUGCGUGCACUGUGGUAACGAACCUGUUUAAGAGCCUUUCUGUAUGAUUACGUGUAUAAUUAGAAAAUCUGAAUUAAAAAGAGAGAUGAAAUCAGCACAAAUUGUGAAAAUCAGACUGACCAAAGAUUUUGAAAAUAAGUGCCAUUACUAAAAUCAAUAGCAGUAAAAGCUAUGUAACUGAAGAAAAUAAAUUCUGAACUCACUACAGUAUUGGUAAGAUUUUACCAGAAUAAGGGUUGGAUUGGCCUUUGCUGGGAAUGGAUUAAAUUUGGGAAAUUCUGUCCCAGGGUGGGAGGUGUUGGACUGAAUGGAUCAAUGGGUCCAUUCUUGCAACUCUGUGUCUGCUGAAAUUUUGCUUCUCCUUUAUCUUCUUGUGACAGGGUAUGUUUUCUAAGGAUUGCUGAAAAAUUGUCCAGAACUACUUGGACCAGCAGAGGGUGCUGAUUUCUCAAAAUUCAAGUUGUCCUACUGAUCACCUUUUUAUCACUUUUUGUUUCAUAGGAAGCUAUUCUCAGAUAUAAUGUUGCAUAUGCCAAGAAAUGGGACUUCACAGCCCUUACUGAGUUCUGUGAUAAGGUAACGUGUUUUUCAUAUUGGAAAAUGAAAUAAAUAUAUAUUUUGUGAUUAUUUGUUUCUUUGUCAUUAUUGUAAUAUAAUUUAUUUGUAAUGUUAACCGGUAAAUAAGUGAAUGCACUUAGUGAAGCAUGUGCAGAAGCGAUAAUUAUAGAUAGAACAAUGGGAACAGACUUUGUGACUCAAUUAAGACUUUGUAGCCGAUAAUGGCUAAACAAGUUUUAAGUAUGGUUUGGCAUGAGCUCUUAAUUGACAGACCAUAGUUUGUGAUUGGCCCUCAAACCAGAAUUGGAAACCAUGAUUUGAAGUGGGUUUGCAAAUCAUAGUUUUAACUAAAUUCAGAUUAACGUGAUGCCUGAAUUGACAAGUCAUAGUUAAUACAAUUGCUUCCCUCCAGGUGUUCUUUUACCAUGGAGAAGAGAAUUAAGUUUUGGGAUGGUGAAACACAGAAGCAGACAUGUCCUAAACUAUGGUUUGCCUGCUUUAUAUUUGGAUGCUAAAACAUUAGUUUUUCUUUUUAAACGAUGGUUAGCAUAAACCAUACUUGGUGUGAUGUCUCAGUUAAACAUACAGCACAUUUCUCCAGUAACAUCCACCACCUGAGUGAGUACUUAGUGAAAUUGGACAAAACUAAGAAACGACGGAGGCUGUACUAUUCGAAAAUAUUUCAUUUUGUUUUUGAUUCCACUCAUUAAUACCGAAAAGUAGAAGGAUGUGACCACCAUCUUUCCCCUUUCUAUUAUUAAAAAUGCAGUUGUGUAUUUUAAACUAAUGUUAAACACAGGAGACACUUAUAAAUGGCAAUAAAGCAUGCAAGAGACACUUAAAAGUUCAAGAAUAUGAUGGAUUGGAUUGAGAAUGUCAUCCAAAGAGAGUAGUAUAUGGUUUCAGUGGCCUUUGCAGAAGAGGCAGUAGGGUUCAGUAAAAAGAGAAUGGUGAUGUUUUCUGGUUUAUUAGAAUAGUAAAUCAUUUUGAAUUAUUUUGAAAUUUCUUACAAAUUUAAGGAGUGAAGCUAGAGUGGCACAUUCAAAUGAUUACUGGGUCACAUGGCAUUACUUGAAUGAUUAAAACUAGAAGAAAAGGUGGUGACCUAUUUAACCAUCUUUUGUUUGCAUACUUGCACAUGCACAAAACCCUUGCACAGUUAACUGACAGCUUUGAAUUACUUCUGUCUAUCCUUCAAAAACUGAAGAACUAUAUUGACUGUUCAGGCAUGUAUUUUAAAGAGAAUUGACCUUAUGCAUAAGAGUUAAGUACUGCAAAAGCUUUGAGGUAUUCUGUUAAUUACCAAGGCAGCUGCCGAAAGCUUUGCAGUUCCAGAUCAUGCUAGCUAUUGAAUGGAAAUAGAGUUUCCUUGGGGACUAAAUGGAGAUGAUUGCCGAUUAACUUGAACAUGCCAGCUGGAGUGAAAUGCAGAGUUUGAUCCCAGUGAUACUGCAAGCUGACAGAGCUUCAGCAAUAGCUGAUGCUUUGACUUGUUCGUCUUCUACUCUUAUUAAGGCAAUAUGUUUCAUGUAGACUUAGCUUCCUUUUGCUUGGGAGACUAAGAGUUCAAAUCAGAGAACUGGCUGGACAGGGGACAAGGGAGAAUAGUAAAGUACCGCUGUACAAUUCUUAAAAUCCGUGUAACUGUGAUCACUCUGUAGAUAAUAAACUGUGACCCCAAAAUGCCAGAUUCCAUGGCAUCUUCUAUCUUCUAUCUACUACCUUUUUUUGGUUUUUAAUACAAAUGAAGAAGUUUCUAGCCCUUGUGAUUAGUGUUUAUAUGAUUGUAGAAAAGAGAAACCACAGUGGUCAGGUGGCUGUUGAAGCUCUCCUAUGAGUAGAAGUUAGUGUUUGGGGCUUUUUAAUUCAGAAAAAAGUGAGUAAGUGGGGGGACAUAUUAGAGGUGUAUACAAUUAUGUGGGGAAAGUAGUUUAGGAGAAGUCCUUUCCCUCUUCAAAUAUUAGAAUAUUAUGAAGCUGAGUGGUAGAAGAUUCAGGAAAGGAAGAGAAACCACUUUGCACAGCAGUUAGUUAAAUUGUGAAUUUGCUACCACAAGAGAUGGUGAUGCCCACCAACUUCGAUGGCCUUAAAAGAAAAUUAUACAAAUUAAUGGAAGGUAAGGAUAUUGAUGGCUCCUAGUCUCAGUAUCAUGGUUUGUUACAUGCUGUUUCUGACCCUGGAAGUAUCUAAAUUAUCAGUUGCUGGAGAAGAUGAAAGGAAGAGGACCAGUGUGCUUUGGUCCUGCUUGUGGCCACCGUUGGAAAUAGGGUGAUGGACUAGAUGUUGGACAUUAGGGUGGCAGAAUCUCUGUAUGUGUGUACAUGCACAAUUAAAGUGUCCACAGUUUAUUAGGUUAUUAGACUAUGAAGGGCUAGAGGGGGGUUGGGUAUUUUUUUGGUAGGGGGUUAGCCCUCAAACAAGGAAAGUAUAUAUGAAGGCACAGAUGCUCUUAUGUAAUAGGAGGUAUCUUCUGGUCAUGCCCAGGAGGUCUUUGUAUGAGUAGUAGGGGUGGAAUGGAAUUUUGUCUAUGUUGCAGUUGAGGCCUGUUGGAUUGUUUAAGCCUGUUUUGUGAAGGAAUAUUAAGUGGACUAUGGAGGUGCCUAUGAUAAGAAACGGGAGUCUGAUGUGAAGAGUAAAGAACUGAGUUAGAGUUGUGUUGUCUACUACAAAUCCACCUCAGACUCAUUCAGCUAAGGUACUUCCUAUGUACAGUACUGCAGAAAGGAGGUUGGUGAUGGCAGUGGCUCCUCAAAAUGAUAUUUGUCCUCAGGGUAGUACGUAUACCUAAAUUAGAAUGUUGAGUGAUAAAGUGAUACUAAAUCCAAAUAUGUACUUCUGCUUGAGGAAACAGGAGAACUGCUGUGGAACUUACUAAUAAUAGCAUUGUGCAAACCUUUCCAUUAGCAUUUGAGCAAGAUAUUUUGUAGCUAUGUACUAGCAGCUAUUUUCUUUCAGUAGAGUCCUCUAAAGAUGAGAAUAUAAUCUAUUUUAGUUAAAAUGACAUCUUAUCAAUCAAUCAAUCAAUCAAUCAAUCAAUCUAAUCUGCUAAUGUUGGUUUUCCUUUUACCUGCUGCUGGAAGUAAUGAGCUGUAUUUUAUGGCUCACUUGUGUCACGUUCCACUAAAUUAAAUCUCAAACAUUUACUCCAAUAAUUUAUAUUCCUAAUGUAUCAGUUCACUUAAUUUGGCAGUUUCCCCUCCCAAAGGAAUUGUAAUAGAUUUCCAAUAAGUUACAGAAUAAAGAUCAUCAGUACUAAUGAAUGCUUUUAGAAGCCUGUAUCUUUAAUCAAAGAUUUAUUUUUCAUUCUUCUCUGAUGUUUAGCAGUUAUAUAAAUGAAAGGUAAAUUAAUGAAAUAGUGCAUUUUUUUUGCUAUUCACAAGGAGCAGCAUUAAGUGAAUAGUGCCUGGCUGGGUUUUUUUUAAGGGUGUAUCUUAUUUUAUAGUAGUAUUGCUUUUCAAAAGUAAUGAUCAUUGUUGGCCUAUGUUGCCCGUUAAUUCUUUCUGAUGAAUGUACACAGUCCAGCCUUGAUUAUUCCCUAGUCAUAAAUAAGAGAUGGAAGGACCUUUGGCCUCCAUGCUAUUAGGAUCCCUUUCCAUUUUAAUUUAGCUCCCAGAGCUGGUCCUAUUAAUGAGACACAUAAGGAUUUAUUGUUGACUUGAAAUAAGUCAACAAUGAUAAGGAGCCAACAGUAGCCUUACACAAGCACUGGGUGAGCUUAAAGUUCCUUGGGAGUCACUAGGAGAAGAUUAAGGUCAUAUGCAAUUCAAGUUUGUGACACGCCCCCUUAACCAAAUGCCAAGUUUAUAAUGCUGCAGUUUGCUUUCCAAAUGAAUGUUUGCUAGGAGCAUCAAUGGGUGAGACAUUCAAGAUCCUUGAUUUUUUUAAAAAAUAAAAAAUUCUACCCCUUUCUUGUUUUUCUCAGAAAGCAAAGCAAUGGAAAUGGGCCAUUGAUGCUAUGAGAUUGAUCUUGUGCAGCAGCUGUUCUGAUAAGAACAUAUGGGCUUGAAGUAGAGAGAGGUUAAAUCUCUCUAUAUGCUCUCUACUAUUUAAUUGACUUUUGGAUGGGAAAGAGAGACUACGGCACUUUUCCUACUUCCUAUUUCUGUUUCCUAGUCUGCAUGUGAGUUGCUUUUGUGUCCAUGUGGAAUGGUUGACUUCAUUUAACCAUGAUAAUAUUAGACGAGGAAGGCUUUUAGAAAAGCGCAGUACUAAAUGACUGAUCUUACAUGACAACACGGGACAAAAUUAACCUAUUUCUCAGACUUGCACAUCUUGUAAGAAACUUAAAAAGGAUCUCAGCUGAAUGUACUUAAACAUACACCUAAAACUGUAAGCUAUUCAGACUAAUAUCUUUAAUUAGAACUGAAAUGUAAAACAUCUGGCAUGCUACAGCUGGGAUAAUAUGACCAUCUGGAAAAAAAUUGUAGAUAGGGAUUUUUCCAAUAUGUCAAUACUGUAUAUCUCAAGAAGAGAGACCAGGAUGUUAAAUGCUGGUUGUAGCUGAGCCUUUUCUAUGAUAUUGCUGUUGAUAUUCAUUCUGUUAUAAUUUGUAUAUAUAGCCAAAGUGAGAAGCUCUAUUUUCAGAGCAAAAAUGCAUAAGGUUUGCCUAUACGGUUGUCUGUAUCUCCUAACUAAAGAGGACUGUACCCUGUUCGGUUUGCUGAUGCACACUUGAAAGGGAUAAUAUGAACGAUCCCUCUUGUAUGUCACUGUGGGAGCCAGCCUUUAUAUUUCUACAAGCUCACAUCAGUGCAUCUGUUGCCCCUUACCAUCUGUGUGUGUGUGUGUGUGUGUGUGUGUGUGCUGUGUAGAUAUUUAGAUCAGACAAAUGACUCUGUUGAUUUAACAGUUGCUUGGAUACUCAGAAAGCACUUACUUAGUAUUUUUGUGGGUUUUUUAAAACACAACCAGUUCUACUAAGAUACUGAAUUUGAGUGUGAUAAUCUAAUGAAGACUUGUUAGCUUUGAGCUUUAGUUGAGGUAAGCAAGCACGAUGCGUACAAAAUCAUUUAAAAAAGUUGUAGUUUAAUAAAACCUCAAACAAAUCCGGACACCAAUUCUGGAGCCCUCUGUCCUUCUUCCAGUAUGUAUGAAAUAUUAUAUUUGUUACAAGCAGUAUCUUGCCCUAAAUAAGCAUAAAUGUACCUCUGUGCACUUAUGAGCACAAAUUACUGCAUUUGUCACUGAAGUAAUAAGCAGUUUAUCUUGCCCCCACUUCAUGAUUAUAAUUCAGAUAUUUUUGUAAAUGUCUGAAGAGAGCUUAAGAUACCAUGAUUCAAGCUGGCUUGUUCCUGUUGGUUAAGUUGGCUGAGAGCAAUAAGAAUUCUCAUCUGGAGACCCAAGAUGGAAGAACUUGGGCUUACUGUGAUGUCCAGACAUGGAUAUCUUGUUCUAUAAUAUGCAGAAAUAGCCUUGUGUCUGACAUGUAGGCCUCUCUUUUACUCCUCUUGAUUCCACAGAGUGUUGAGAUCUGCUUGAUCUAACAUUGAAGUAAAGCUUAGGGUUAAUUUCUACUAGUAGUUACAAGGUCAAGUGCCUGUUAUGGACUGCUCAAUAUAAGAGAUUUGGUUGGAGUGAGAAUGACAAGAGUAUAUUACAUGGUUCAACAUUGCGUUGGUUAAAUGCUAUAUCUGCUCCAGCCUACUCUCUCCCCACACAUAGUGAAAUCAGAUGCAAGUUUUCAACUUGCACACUACUUCACUACUUGUAGAUUACGAUAACCACACUGUUCCCAAAUUUAUUUGAAUAUAAAGUCUCCCAACCUUGUGGCAUAGAACUGGGAAGGGAGCAUGCAACUCCCCCAGCUACAUCUCACAUUAACGAUUAAGGUUCUGGUUGUAUUUAAACAAGUCACUAUUUCCUCGGUCCGUGUCUGCAUUACUGGGGUUAUAAGAAUGGUUUCUAGUCAAAAUAACACAAUUUUGGUAUCUCUUAUGGAAUCGACAUAACAUUCAGGAGGUGUUUUAGGGUUGUGGUUUGAGUUCUGAGCUCUUGGCCUAUACCUAUGUAAAUUAAUUUGCCUUGAAACAAGUUGAUUAUAUUUUGAGGCAAAUGUGUUGAAACAGGUUGGGUUAGCUAACUUGCACUCCAGAUGCAUAGUUCUGUACAAUAUGCUUGCAUGUAUUAACUAUGUUUUUAAAAGACCAACAGAAGAGGGAGCCCUUCCACUACAGAAAAAAAUAUAUUCCUCUAGACCUGAAUAUUGCUAAUCUUCUUUAAUUUCAGAUGCAUGUUUAAAUUAGGAAAAGUCAAAGCAUUGCUUUCACUGUAGAUGGACAUAGUCCAAAAUGUGCAUAAGUCAUGUUUAUUUUAAGAUUUCUUACCUUCUCUUCACCACAAGCUUCCAAGGGGGACUACAGCAGGAUAGUACACAAUUCUAAAAACAAAACCAUUAUAAUUACAAAAGGAAGUGAAAGCAUUCCAUCCAGAGCAGGUAUGCUAUUUAUUUUAUUUAUUUACUUGCUUCUCUCUUUCCUUCCUCCCAACGGAGCCUAGGAUGGCAAACAACAAGUGAUAAAACAAUAAAUGCAGAUUGGAAUUCAGUUACAGGCCUAUGCAAGUAGUUCAUAUAAUAACGACUGGUCUUGGCCUUUGUUUUGAAAGUUAAGGGGAAACUGAAAGGUUUAUGAAAACUGUCUGGGUGGAGUUAGUCUCCUGAAGCAAACCAGAUGGAGAAUUUGUAUUGUUUCAUAACAUCUACUUGUUAAGUUUGGCAGAUUUUCAAAAACUUCUAAAUGUUUAGCUUUUAGCUGAUUAAUAAAAAUGUUAAUCUAGAUACAGUGGUACCUCGGGUUAAGUAUUUAAUUCGUUCCGGAGGUCCAUUCUUAACCUGAAACUGUUCUUAACCUGAAGCACCACUUUAGCUAAUGGGGCCUCCCACUGCUGCUGCGCCGCCGGAGCACGAUUUCUGUUCUUAACCUGAAGCAAAGUUCUUAACCCGAAGUAAUAUUUCUGGGUUAGCAGAGUCUGUAACCUGAAGUGUAUGUAACCCGAGGUACCACUGUAUUCCAAAGAUCCUGAAGGAAAGAGGCUGUAAUUAUAUGGUCAGCAGACGAUUAAAAGAGGAGUGACAAAUUCAUGGAGGUCAAGGCUUUCAAUGGCUACUAGCCAUGUUGGCUAUGUUCUGUCUCUAUAGCUGGUAUCAGUAAUACUUCUGAAUACCAGCUAUGGAAGACCACAGAAGGGGAGAGGGCUCUUGUGCUUGAAUCCUGCAUGAGGGUUUCCCACGGGCAUCUGGUUGGCUGCUGUGAGAACAGGAUGCUGGACUAGAUGGGCCCUUAGCAUGAUCCAGAAGGCUCUUCUUAUGUUAAGGCGCAUCUGGUUUUUAAAAAGAUACUCAUAAUACAAAGUGCUGUGGGGAAUUUUCAUUGGGACUGUAGUGCACAGGGAAGGGAGGGCGAGGUCUUCCCUUUCUGCGUUCCUGGUUAAAAUCCUGCCCCCGCCCCCCAGGUGUUGGGCCCCAAUGACAGCUUUUCUCCCUAAGGCAGCCUUCCUCAAACUCGACCCUCUAGAUCUUUGGGCCUACAACUCCCAUGAUCCCUAGCUGGCAGGACCAGUGGUCAAGGAUGAUGGGAAUUGUAGUCACAAAAAACAUCUGGAGGGCCGAGUUUGAGGAAGCCUGCCCUAAGGCUUAUUGCAACUCAAAGGAGGUGCAAAUUCAUCGGGAUAGAGACUGUACAGGAAAGGGUUAAAUCUCACCUCCAACUACAUGGGGGUCUUAUAAACCUCCCAUUUUUAUUUCAGCAACCAUGCAAUUAUAGUAAUUCAGAGUUUGGUCCUAAGAGCAUUUAUAAUACUUUUGUUUUCAUGGACCAGGCAGAGGGCCUUCUCGGUAGUGGCGCCCGCCCUGUGGAACGCCCUCCCAUCAGAUGCCAAAGAAAUAAACAGCUAUAUGACAUUUAGAAGACAUCUGAAGGCAGCCCUUUUUAGGGGAGUUUUGAAUGAUUGAUGUUUUAAUGUAUUUUUAAUAUUUUGUUGGAAGCCGCCUAGUGUGGCUGGGGAAACCCAACCAGAUGGGCGGGGUAGAAAUAAUAAAUUAAUAAUUAAUAACAACAACAACAACAACAACAACAACUGUAUUUAUGAACACAUACAGAUGAUGAGCCAUAGCCUUUUUGCAGAAAACUCUAUAUAGGUAAAAAACAUAUUUGGAUGCCUGCCUCAUGUCUGUUCACUCGUUUGGCGUAGGAGAUGGUGCCUGAUAUAUGUUGUUAGCUAAAAUCCAGAUAUUUAUUGCAGUGUUUUUGCUUUCUUUGCAAUUAUUUCUAGAGUGCCUUCAAAGACUAUGGGUUGUGCAUAAAAUAAGGCAGAUCCUGUUCUCUGACUUACAAACUAUGUAUAGAUGGCGUGUCAGGUAGAAUGUAAAACCCAUAUAAAUUUUAAUCAAAUGGUUGCUUCAAUUAAUAAAACCAGAAUAAAUGGCAAAGCUAGUAUAUAUAAGCACUUUGUACCGAUGACUGGUUUUUUGAUAAAUCAUUUUUAUAAUUGUCUGGACAGUACUAAAAGAAACAAGCUGUACUGAGAGAGGUCAGUGCUAUAAACAUAGGCUUUUAAGCUUGGAAUGAAUGACCUAAGGCACAAGAAUAUAUUAUCCUGUUACUCCAUGCUCCGUUUCAUUUUAGUUUGUACGCUUUAAAAAUACUAGGUCAUAUUAUAGUUGCAGAAUCCAGUAUUAAUAAAACUGAACUUUCAGAUGGAGAGUGGAGGUUUUUUCCCCCCUGUGCAGAAGGGCAGAAACAUUCCUUUUUUAUUGAACAAAUUGCAAACUUCUUUAAACUCUAGAAUUGAAAGAUGGUUGCUUUGUGGACUAUAUGCAUUUUGAAUAUAUGAGUUAAGCAUUUUAAAGAUGAAGCAACAAUAAGAUUUAAGUAUUUGUUCAAAGUCGAGAUUUCAAGUGUCUCAGGAUGGACUUUAUUUUAAACUGAUAUCAAAGGGCUCAGAUUAACAUUUAUAUGCAGCAGUUGUUGAAUUAUCUGUUCUAAGACCUUUCCUGGUACUGAUGUCAAGCUCACCGGUCCGUAGUUACCUCGGUUCCCCCCCGCCUUUUGAAGAUGGGGUCAACAUUUAUCCAGUUUGCAGGGACCUCAACUGUUCUCUAAGAAUCCUCAAAGAUUAUAGAUAGAGGAUCUGAUAUUACACCUGCAAGCUCCUAUAGUACCCUUAGGUGCAGCUCAUCAGGCCCUAGAGAUUUUAAUUCAUUUAAAGCAGCUAUGUGUUCCCUUACCACCUCUUUCCCUAUCUUGGGCUGCAUCUCUCUCCUUGUACCCUUUAUUCUCUUAUCACCAGGUUGGGCACUACCGUAUUUUUCGCCCUGUAGGACGCACCGUCCCAUAAGGCGCACCUAGCUUUUUUGGGGGGGGAAAUAAAGGGGAAAAAAUUUAUUUUCCCCCCAGGCGCGGGGCUGGGGUGGGGGAAGCCCGAGCUUCCCCCGACCACAGCCCCCAGAACAGGCAACUCUCCGCAAGCCGUGGGAGCCCGGUGCCGGGCUCCCGCGCCUUGCGGAGAGCUGCGCGAAGCCUGGGCAUGCAGGCAACUCUCCGCAAGCCACAGGAGCCCAGCGCCGGGCUCCCGCGCCUUGCCGAGAGCUGCGCGAAGCCUGGAGAGCGAGAGGCAUCGGUGCGCACCGACCCCUCUCGCUCUCCAGGCUUCAGGAAAGCCUGCAUUCGCCCCAUAGGACGCACACACAUUUCCCCUUCAUUUUUGGAGGGGAAAAAGUGCGUCCUAUGGGGCGAAAAAUAUGGUACUUUCCUUUUGGGUGAAGAUAGAGGCAGAGUAGGUGUUGAGCAAUUCUGCUUUUUCUCUGUCACCCAAUAGCAUUUCUCUGCCUUCUGUAUACAAGCCUACUUGCUUGAUCUUUCUCUUUCUCCAAACAUAGCUGAAGAGGCCUUUUUAAAUUAUUAUUUUUCACCUCUCUUGCAAGCCUGAGUUCAUUAUGAGCCUUGGAGAAAUAUAUAAACUGUGAAAGGAGCUGGUGGGAACACUAUCUCAUGCUUUAUUUAAAAAUUAGAAGUUUACAUUUUAAAAUGAAGAAAAUACAUUCUUAUUAUACACUCUCAUAAAACAUUUGAACUUUAUUUAAAAUUAUGGAAAUCAUUUAAAUGAAGCAUUGCUUGUCAAGUAAGAUACACCUGAGAGAUCAUUGCAGUCUGGGAUUGGCAGGAGACAUAUUUUAGCUUUCAGAAACAAUUAAAGAGAGUCAAAUUAACCUCUGUCGGUGUAAGCUGUCUCCUCCUUUCUUUUCCAAGUGUCAGUCUGUGGUUUUGAUAAAUGUCAAAUGUUCCUCCCCUCCCCUCAAAUAAGGCUCUUUCCUGCAUAAUCCAAUGAGAUUUCCUCCCCCUACUUCCUCUGAAGAUUACCUUGUCUUAUUCUUUGCUUUUUCUAAUCAGAAAACCAUUCUAAGAUAGUGGCUGCAUUUUGACAGCUGUACAUGUUUUCCUAGUGGAUUCAUUUCAUACAAUAACUGAAGUAGAGAAUGGGUACAGCUUGCCAUUCUCCUCUUGUGGUGCUGGUAAUUCAUUUUAACAACUUGUAAGAAUAGAAAACUUAUGUGUAAAAAAACAACAACACUAAAUAACUUGAGCUUACUGACACACUUUCAGUGUUUAGAGCAGGAAAUUGGAGCCCUUCAGAUAUUUGUUGGACUAUAACUCCCACCAGCCUCAGCAAGUAUUGCCAAUGGCGGUGGAUUAUGGGAGUUGUAGUUCAGCAUCAUCAGGAGAACAUCACACUGGCUGCCCCUGGUUUAGAGGAUGCAUUUGUAUUGUGCUGGUAGUCCUGAGUAUUUCCUUAACCUGAAAUGUUAGAAACUGGAAUUAGCAUUAUUUGUGGGCCAAUGCAUCUAAUGCACAAUAAGCACAUAUAAGCAAUCUCAACUGAUUUUCUCCAUUUACCCUUCCUACUGCAGCCCCAUAUCCCAAAACUUUCCUGAGAGUUCGCUCAGGAGAAGCUUUUCAGGGGACUCAGGAGAGUGUGGUCUGGAGAAGGGAGGAGGAAACUCCUCUUGGGCAAGCCAUCUCUAUGCUCAUGCUGUCUUGGAUACAACCAAGUGAUAUUUGAUUCAGGUUUCUGGAGUCACCUUCAUGGUUCUUGGUUUGCUCAGAUGGCUCUGCCUCCAAUCUCAAGAAAUGACCCCAGGCUGAAGCAUUUUUUACUCAGUGGCCUCUGCUAAUACAUGGUCAUGUAGACUAGGCUUUGUAAGCGGACACUUCAUUGACUGUGGAUAGUAAGAAUUUUCUCCGUGAAACCAGGUAGUGAAGCUUCUGUAAAAAUAUUUUUAGAAUGAGCUGAUCCUUUCUUCCUUUUUUGCUGUCCAGUCAAGUGACUGCUUGAAAGCCAGGUUGAGGAAUAGCAGGGCAUCAAGGGCUGCUGGGGAGUUUCCAGACCAGCUGGCUGUUGAACAUUCAUAUAAAACUUGCACGGAGGUUAUACAACGUCAUCUGCUUAUUGAGUAGUCUUCCUGACACAUUUGUGUUGUGGUUAUGAGGCGUUGCCAGCUGGUGACGGUUGCCCCAUACUUUCCAGUGCAAUUUCCCAUCACAUUUCUUAUUGGACUUCCUUCAGUUAGAAAAUUGAUGGGAUAAUUGCGCUAGAAGAUGCAGGAUAAUAACCAGAUUUUGUGUGAAUAGAUAAUCCGUCUUAAUAAAGACAGUCUGGGGCUAUCUGUUGAGAUAGGAGAGACAGUGCUAGCUGAGAACACACUUUUACGUCACAUUCUUUUCUAGAAUCACAUUUAUGAUGCCUAUUAAUUUUGUUUGAUUCUGUUCUGAAAUGUGUUAAAAAUAAGGAAUGUCUUUCUGAUGCAGAAAUAAUCAUAUGGCUUAAAAUAAUUUGAAAGCUAUGCUAUACUGAGAAGCAGGUGACUGUCGUUUUGGGGAAAACUGUAGUCAGUUUUCAAACAGAAAACAGCAACUCAUUUUGAAUUCAGCAGACAGGCUUUUUCCUGGAAUUGUGUUUUGUAUUCAUUUAACAUAGCAGGAGAAACUUCCUUUUGUUAAAGAAUGCUGUGGCAGUAAAUGGCCACAUGUAAAGACAAUUCCUAAUCAGUCAUGGCACUUAGUUUAUAAAAAAUCCAGCAAGCAAAACCCCUUUUAUUUUUAAAAGUAGGGAAUGUGUGUGUUUGAGCUUAUGCAAUCGCAACUGGUCUGAGGGAGGCAUUCAUCUUCUUAAGGGGAAUAUCAAUCAGUUAGCAAGCAUCCUUUGAUUUAAAAUGGGGCAGACAGAAGAGAAAGUGAAGCCAUUUUUGUGUGGUGCAUCACGUGCUUAGUUUCGUCUGUCAAGAUUACAGUGGUACCUCGGGUUAAGUACUUAAUUCGUUCUGGAGAUCCGUACUUAACCUGAAACUGUUCUUAACCUGAAGCACCACUUUAGCUAAUGGGGCCUCCUGCUGCUGCCGUGCCGCCGGAACACGAUUUCUGUUCUCAUCCUGAAGCAAAGUUCUUAACCUGAAGCACUAUUUCUGGGUUAGCGGAGUCUGUAACAUGAAGCAUAUGUAAUCUGAAGCGUACGUAAUCCGAGGUACCACUGUACAGUUUAAAAACUCAAACCAGCAUUUCUGUCCCAUGCUAUCUUUCCUUGCUUCUCCUUUGUGAUGCCAAGUGUGCUCAGGGUUUGCAUUUUGGAGGAUCAGUUUAUAAAAUUAUGAGAUCAUUACUUACGGUGCUGCCUACCAAGCCCACUUUUACUGCACGAUGAACAUUUGUUUUGUGAAGCUGCAGGUCACAGUUGUUCGGCCUAGAGCUGUUAACCUCUUGUUUAUAAUAUGCUGAGCUCCUUGAAUCCUCAGCACAGUCCUCAAGUGUAAUCUGCCUCAGCAAAUUCCCAUUAAAAUGAGCAGGACUCUUGCUGAUACAGGUCUUUGGUGAUCAGAGCUAAAACUAGGUUUCAUGUAAGCAAUCACUCAUGUACUAACCUUGAUAAGACUCACCCAAGUAAUGUCUCUGGUGAGUGGCACACAGUAUUGUGUAAACAAGGUACUUUUCCUGAGAAAUGAAAUUUGCUUUAAAAUGAGAGUUUUAAAAAAUGGUAUCUGUCUGUGUUCUGACAUCUCUUAGGUGGUAAGAUAGAUAUAGUCUAGGUUUUAUACCAUCAUACAACUUUGUUUUAAAGUGUAGGUUGCUCAGAAGAUGAGACAACCGAUACAGUGUUAUAAUAGGAUAUAGAUAAAAAGUGGUUGGAAGUGUGUGUGUUGGGGCGGGUUAUGAACAGUAUUGUAGUGUUAUUAUAUGUGAAAGAAAAGUAUCCCCUUUUCCUGCAGGUUUCAAAAAAUACCAGUGCCAUUAAAGAAAAAUGCAUGUUCUUGUUUUCAUUAUUCAAUACAGUGGUACCUCGGGUUAAAAACUUAAUUCGUUCUGGAGGUCCGUUCUUAACCUGAAACUGUUCUUAACCUGAAGCACCACUUUAGCUAAUGGGGCCUCCUGCUGCUGCUGCGCCGCCGCUGCACGAUUUCUGUUCUCAUCCUGAAGCAAAGUUCUUAACCCAAGAUAAUAUUUCUGGGUUAGUGGAGGCUGUAACCUGAAGCGUAUGUAACCCAGGGUACCACUGUAGUUGAAUCCUGAAGGUAGAACUUGAGCAGUAAUUGGUGACAAAGGGCUGCUUCAUACAUUAUGCUGUGGUACCUCGGGUUACAGACGCUUCAGGUUACAGAUGCUUCAGGUUACAGAUUUCGCUAACCCAGAAAUAGUACCUCGGGUUAAGAACUUUGCUUCAGGAUGAGAACAGAAAUUGUGCUCCAACAGCACAGCGGCAGUGGGAGGCCCCAUUAGCUAAAGUGGUACCUCAGGUUAAGAACAGUUUCAGGUUAGGAACGGACCUCCAGAACGAAUUAAGUUCUUAACCCGGGGUACCACUGUACAGCAACAAACCAGAUUUGCCACUGACUUCGUUGGUCAUUGCAGGAAUGAGCAUUGGGUUCACGUACUCUCUCUCCAGUUGCUUAUUGAGUGAGGAACUGGGAAGCUUUUGCUUUAAUUUGAGAGUUGGAAUAAGUAUUGUCUGAACCUGGACACACUAGUUAGUCUUAAGUAUGAUGGGUUGAAGCCAUAGUGUUUGAUGCUGACUAGCUUCAACCAACCAUAGUUAAGAUUAACCACAUUUUAAGUUUCAGACAGAAUACUCAACUGUGGUCAAUUUACAGUUAAAACUUCUGUACCACAAGAGGGGAGGGGAGAGACACAAUUCUGACUAUCAUGCAUGUAAUGAUAAACAACAUUAAGUCUGAAUAGAUCCACUCAGUAGCUGAGUAGUAUCAGCUUGCUCUGAUAAAGGUACCCAUAUCAUAUAUGUGCUAUCAGAUACCUGCUUGUUGCACCAUGUGGCAAGUCUAAACCAAAUAAGCCCUUGGUUUUAGAGGUUCAAGAUCCAACAUAACUUCCUAUUUUGGAUCUGGCUGAGCUCCAUGGCAGUAUAUAAAUUCAUUAAAUAAUAAAAAUAAAAUAACAAUAAACCCUUUUCAUUCUUAAGUGACUGGUGGCCAUAUUUGUCUAGGUAGAUGCUGCAAGAGCAGCCUCUGGAGGCUGGUCCUUAACAAAGCUAUACAUGUCCUUAUUCUUAAUACCUGAUGCAUUUAUUCUAAUGUGAAGUGCUAGUUUGCUAAUUGAUUAACUUAUUUGCUGCAAGUAAAUGAAAGACCCUUUUACAUUCAGGCAGACCAAAGCAGGAUGAAGCAGGUGUCAAGAGACCUUCUUAUUUGCCCAGGCAUUGUAGAUUGUAGUUGAUUUUUUUGGAAUUGUGUUCUGUUUUUAGUGUUUGUCUUGUUGUAUUUUGUAUGUUUAUUUGUUGGUUUUAAUUUUUUUAUACGUGGUGUGAAUUAAUUUGAUUUGCAAUUCCGUAUACUGCCCUGGAAUCCUUUGAUGGAGGUGGGUUAAAAAGAAAUAAAAUACCCAUUUUAAACAGAACAAGUGCAGUUCUUAUUUGUUUUCCAAACCUGCUCUCUGAAAUUGUUGGUUGUGGUUCUGUUUCAAGGGGGAAGUCUCCUGUGCUCUUACUGCAUUUACUUCCAGAGCUGCAUAAGGGAAAGGUUGAAGUCUUGACAGCUGUGACAAAGUCCAGUGCCAUAAUCUGUCACCAGAUGAGUGAGACUAUAGAGUUUGUGGCAGCCAACAAAGCAUGGCAGCUACUAUUCAUGUGUCAGUUUUAAAAGACAGGAAGUGCUACCCAAAGGAGAAGAACUAUCAAAAGCUGACAGUUUAUAGAUGCUUAAGGUUAAAUGUCUUUCUUUGAAUUAAAUUUAUAUGUAUUUGUUUUAUAUUGCCUCCUGAAAUCCAAAUUCAACCUUUAACAUUCCAAUAUGUUACUACUUGGGAAUAUGUUUACUUUGGCAGAACACAUUCACAGUUUUGAAUUUAUCUCUUACAAUUAAAGCCUAGGGGGUGUUAAAGUGCUAUUUUACAGCCUAAACACCCUUAUUUGAUGCAAUUUGUGUAACAAAGAAAUCUGUUUCCAAAAAUAGGGAUCACUGUGGAAGUAUGUAGGUCAUACAUAAAUAAACAGAAGACUUAUUAGAAUAUUGCAAGAACUGUGCCAUAAAAUUUACAAGUCUUCAUCCAUGAAGAAAAUGCAUGUGGAUGCCAAGGAAUGCAUGGAUCUUCUUGUAGCCCCCCCCUUCAAGUCAACGUUCAUUGGCAUGGGUUGGUCACACAGAGAGUAAUAGCUUUUUGGCAUCUGAAAUCUAUUGCAUUUAUUUAUUUGGCACGUUUGUAUUUCACCUUUCCUCCAAGGAGUUUAAGGUGGCAUAAAUAUUUUUCCUUCUUUCCCCAGCUCCACUUUAUCCUCACAAACAGGACUUGAAGGUAGAGAUAAAUGGCUUUCUCAGGGUCAGCUAGUGAGCUUCAUAGCUGAGUGGGGAUUUGAACUCCAGUCUCCCUGCUCCUAAUCUGACAUUUCUAACCACUUCCCCACACUUGUUCAUCUCAACUGACAAUUGAAAUUACUCUUGUGUCCCAUGCCUGUAGUUGAGAGCAAUGAGGAAUUUUAGUGCGCUUUUACAUUUUGUGAAAGCUUUUGGACCAGUUUGAUAGCUUCUUCAUUUUCCUAACUGUUAUGAUUUCUCUAUGCAGAUGCACCCCCCCUUAAAAUUACUUUGAAUUAAUAGACUUUCUUCACUAUGUGCCUUCUGCAGGAUAUGUUAUUGUUAUUAUCAUCUAAGCAUCUUACAAAUAUUAUAAAGCAACACAGCUCCUGGCUUGCAGUCUAGAUGAUGAUUUGUGAAAUGGAGAAGAGAAAAACCCUCAAAUGAAACCUUAAAUCUAAUAGUACUGUUCCUUCUCAAUAUUAUGUGGUUACCAGCUGUUGCAAGCCUAAAAUUCAAAGCGUAGUUUUCUAGGCUAUGCAGCUGCAAAAUAUGAAGUUGUAAUUGUGUGGUGCAUGAAAUGUUCAUAAGAUAAAAAUCUGAUUGUUUUGCAAUUUAUUUUACUGGUAUUUUUAGAUGGUCUCAUCUUCCAUUUCUUCCCUUUUUAUUUUUGUUCAUGUUGUCUGAUUAGAUUGUGAAUAGAGCCUUGUUUUUUUUUUAUUGUUUGUCAUGCUUGAAUGUUGUUGUUUUUAAGGUCCUUGAUAGAUAGACAUUAUUCAAAGUAAGCAUAAGCCUGUCAAGUUGGGUUGUAGAGAAGAGGGGUUUGGAGGGACAUUGUCAAGGCUGACACUGAAAAUCUAAAGACUGGGGAGGGGGCAUCUUAAUACCAUCACCAAUCCUUCCCCAUUUCUCUCCUGUCCACCGCCCCCGUCCCAGCUGCAAGGAAGAGCCAAGUACAGCAAACUGUCUGCUUGAGUGAAGAGAACCCCAGUCCUUAGGGACAAAAACAUUUGGUGUCAUUUGGUCUUGGCUGCUAGGUACCACACUUUCUUGGUGGAUAGUACACCUAUUUGGAAAAAGUAGCAGGACUACUUUGCAAAGCCUUCCACAGCCUUCCCCUGCCCAAAGCAAACUGCCUCCAUGGGUCUGAACAUAUAGUUGGGAAUACUCUGUAACCUAGGAACUGUGCUUCCCUUCCCCCUAAUCUUUUGGAUGGGGGGGGGCAUAACUGUGGUGGGGCACUAGUGUGCCCCUCCCCUUCAAUAUGAGUCAGAGUUCUUGUCUUUGAUGUUCAUUGGGAGUCUAGAAGUAUCCUUUCCAGACAUGAAAUUAGUUAACGACUAUAGUAUUUUCUUAUCUCUCUGCCCUCAACAUUCCAUAUUCGUGGAAGCUCUCAGGGCCACUUCUGGGUUUUUUGUAAUCUUUUCCUUUUAAUUUAUGAACUUCUGCAUAUUCAGGGAGUCAGUUUCCUUAUUUUGAAUAGCCCUGUUUGCUUCCAAACUGAUGCACACUCCAAACAUCUGUGUGGGUUGUUAGAAUAAUAGCCUUACUUCUAAACUUCAGGAUUGUUAAAUAUUCAGGAUUGAAAAUGUCUGGUCUUGAUUUCCAGGUCGUAUAUGAAAAUCCAGGUUAUGUUCUCCAGGAAGAUGGAAGAGUUGAGUGCCAAGAAUGGUUCUUAAAGAGAUUGUUGUGAUGUGUGCACCCUUCUAAAUUCCGAGAAUCUUAAUCUUUCAUUUUAGUACAUUCCCAUGCACUUUUGUUGCAGAAAUAAAAUUUUAAAAUAUAGAGUCAAACAUUUCAGGUUUGACUUGGUGCCAAACACUGAUUCUACUCUAGCAUUAGAGGCUGAACUGUAAGGGCUUCCGAGUUUUAUGUUUGUACAUUUGACUUUUAAAAAUGCUUGCACUGAGAAAUGACUUUGUCUUGAAAAGCCAGUUGCUGUACAGAGAGACUAAUUUGGCAGACCAUAUUCCUAAUACUGGGCCUAAAUGUACCCUCUUAUUUGCAUUCUAGGUGCUUGAAGAUGCAGAGGCUCAGCAUUUGUUUCAGUCCAUUUUGCCCGAUAUGGUGAAGCUUGCACUCUGUUUGCCUAGCAUCUGCACCCAGGUUAGUAGACGCAUCUUAAGUAUACUCUCUGUAGCAGAUUAAUUUGCUGUGCACCACCACGAAUGGUUGAGGUCAAAAUGCCAAGGUCCUUAUACGUGGUACUUGCCUUGUUGAGCUGAGGCCUAGGGAAUAGUGAAGACAACACACAUCCAUAACAAUAUAAAAGGACAUUAAAAAUUCCCUAUCCCAUUUCUGAACCUUGAUAUGAGCUAUAUAUCAAAAUUUUGCAUACACUGGAGAGAUGUGCUAGAAUAGUCAGAAAGCUGGCAUUUUCAGGUGGCUUCUUUUUGUUCAGGUCUUUCUAAUGUACAGAAGGAUAACUGGUUGUGAAAUCAUUGUUGUUGCUUAAAGCAACUCCUUGCUUUCUGAAAAUUCUUGAUUUGUCACUUUUUGUACAAACUCAAGUGUAAAACAAUGAUGGUAUUUUGCGCACAGUAUGUCAUUUCAUGCACAAGUAAGGCUGCAGUCCUAACCAUAUCUACUCAUGGGUAAACCCCAUUGAAUUUAAUGGGGCUUUGAGGUAAGGGGUUAGGAUUGCAGUCGGAAAUAUUUUACAGUGAUAUUUGAUCAGGUGAACAUAUUAAUUUCAAUUUAAAUAAUAAUAUUUUGUAUCCAAGUAAUAAUUGUGUAAUUGUGGGGCGCAUUUCCCCCCUUCCCCCAGUAAUACACUUUAAAAAUAAAUAAAUAUUGGAGUACAAUAUUUAUGCUUAGUUAAAUGCUGACAAAGAUAUUUUCAGGAAAAAAGUAAGUAGAAUAUUUUUUAGUCCUUUUUUAACACGGCUUUUUGACAGCUGUAUUAUUUUAAAAAAGUAAAAACAGCAGAGCUCUGAGAUCCACAAAUAAUUAUAUAUAUAAAGCUGUUUUGUUGUGAAGAUAAUACUCCUGCAAGGAGGGCAAAUUCAAAACCCCAGGUUUCCUUUGGAUCUAUAUACAGGCACAGACCCUUGUGGCAAAAAAAAACAAUAUUUAUUCUAGAUUCAGUGAGAAGCAGUUUGACUGGAGUGACUCAUUUCUAAGCUCUAAACCCAUGUCACCUCAAAGGACCUCUCAGCAGUAGUUUUAAUGGCAGGAAAGAGUUUGCCCAACAUUGGUACCUUCUUGGACCCCAUCCUGUAUAAAAAUUGCACAGGGGCUGAGACCUUCAUAUUUCUCAGGGACCUCAUGCUUUUUCUCCAGAGCUCCAAGUCCAUUAGACUAGGCUGUCCUGCACAUUAUAUCCUUCAGUUGGGGGUAGCAUGUUAUGGCAACAAUGCGAACCCCUUCAGAUAGGAAAAACUGCAAAAACCUCGUCCUCCCUAGCUCUGCAGGCCUUCAGCUCUGUCUUUCCUUGUUCUUCUCACUAUUCUUGCCAGGGACAACUCUGGCCCAGCCCUUUUUGAAUAUUGCCACCCAUGGACUCUACCCCCACCCUACUUCCCUCUGUUGGCUUGCUCCCCCUACCACACCUCUGCCUCCAACAGGAUCUCCCUAACAGCCCCUUCUCCUCCAUGUCCAGUCCUUAAAGUGCUUCCUUGUUUUAAGGAAAAGGGAGGUAGCUGCUCAAACAGCAUUUCUCCUUUAAGAGUUGUGAAUCAAGCAAAAUUUCCAAAGGCAGCUGUUUAUCCUGAUAGUUCCUUCAAAGCCCUGCCCUACAGUUGCCCUCUCACCUCCACCCCUGAUGCCACGGAGGACCAAGAUUGUGCCACAGACUGGAGGUUCCCCACCUCUGCCUUUAGAAAUAUACAUAUUUGAAGAUUGUUCAAAGAUGAUACAUUAAGCUGAAUCCAUCCAGGAAUCUUGGUUGUAGCUCAGACUACUAACUUGGAACAGCUUAUGAAUUCUGCUGAAAGUUGUUCACAUGUAUGGAUCUCUAGAAGUCGUUCCAAAAGCCAUCCUAGAUACAAACAGUUAAGUUUUAAUAGCUACACUUCAGUUAAUGGAAUAAAGGCAAAACUAUUGAUUUCUCAUGAAUCAGAAAAGCUCAUAUUUAACUAAGGAAGAAUAAGGGGAUUUGGAAAAUCUGUAGAAAAGGUAUGAAAUCCCUUUACUGAUUAAUUCUAACUGUGCAUUUUGAAGUAGCUGCACAAAAUAAUUUUAAAUUGCCCAGUUCUCACUUAACAUUGAACCAUGGUCUCCAUGAGCCAGAAUCAGAGCAUCUGGCUCAUAUAUUUCCCUUUCUUCUCUAUUUUGAGUAUUGGGAGCUAAUGUAUAGAAUAAACAUAUAACAAUGGUAGUGUUUGAAUGAAGCAUUAUGUGGUUUUUCUUGAAGCUUGAUUUUUUUUUUGCUCUCAGUUAUAGCAAGAAAAUCAAAGAAUACCUUAGUUAUGUUGUUUUGUGUAUCAUCCUGUCGUCUUCUUUUGCUGUGAUUGCUGUAAUUGCCCAUUUUCUUUAAUCUGUGACAGGGAGACUGUAAAAUACAGCUGUUGCAAUCUCCUGAUGUUUUAUUUUUCCUUCACGAUUAAUCAUAUUGCAUCCGUUGUUCCUAUGGAUGCUUCCUUUUUGUUCAGACUAGUGGUGCUUUGUUUGACAUUUUUUGUUAUUAUUGAUUAGAAAUCUCCAGUUCGUCAAACAAGGCUUCCCAAUCAUCUUGGAUAAACAGCUCUUGAUUUUAAUGGUGCUGCUGAUUUAAGAACCCACUAAGGCCCCUAAAUUACUUUUGCUCUGAAUUAGUAAAUGUAAUUUUGUUCUCCUGGGUUCUGGGUGAUGGUUCUGUUUUUGUUUUUUGAAUUGCUAAACUAAUUAUGUCCAUCUUUCUGCCCUUUUGUUAGCCAGUACCUCUACUGAAACAAAAAAUGAACCACUCCAUCACCAUGUCACAGGAGCAGACUGCUAGUUUGCUAGCAAAUGCCUUCUUCUGCACUUUCCCCCGGCGAAAUGCCAAGAUGAAAUCAGAAUAUUCUAGCUAUCCAGAUAUUAACUUCAACAGGUAUGGUGCCAGUUUAAGUAGCUGAUACUCAGGAGUGUCUUGCUGUAGGGGAGAAGUUGUCCAUAUUGUAUUGCUAAUUCCUGAAAGAAUCUCAUUAAAAUAGGAAAUGAUUCCUGACAAACCUGUUUUGUGAGAUUUGGAAAAUAUGGAAAAGUAGAUAUGAGACUAAAGUUAUUGAUGGAAAUGUUAUGGAGCUUAAAAUGAGCAGAACUGUUCAUAAUUGGUGAAGAUAAUCUUUAUUGUUAGAGUGCUAAUUUCCUUCCAUUUAAUCAUGCUCACCGCUUCAAUUCUAAUAGUGGUCCUUCCCCUCACUUGUCACUUCCUUCAACCCUUCCCCAUUUAUAAGAACAGCCCUGCUGUAUCAGACUGAAGGUCCAUCUUGCACAGCAUCCUAUUUCCAUUAGUGGCCAGGAUAAUGCUUCUGGGAAGCCCAGAGUCAAGACAUGAAGGCAACAAAUUCUCUUGUUGAAAAUGUGUGAUAGGGCACAGAGGGUUGCUUGGGGGAGGGCAGAAUUUGCCCCAAAUCAGGUGGACCCAAUUUAGGGGUCUAGCAACCCCCAUGCCCUUUCCCACAUUACUCAGAAACCCCUCCGCCCCACCUGAACCUACUCAAGAUACUUGAGAAGGGGUGCAGAUGGCUACAGGACAAAGAAGAGACUGGAAACGUUCCUUCAAGUUAACUUUUCUUAGGAUCCAAAUCAUUGAUAGAAGCUUAGGAAUCUAGUUAUCAGAGUUUUUAAAGGUAUAUUUUAACAUGCUUGUGUUAAUUUCAGAUUUCAUUUGAACCCAGUUAAAACCCUUCAAUGCAUAAUGAAACAGUAAUUCCAAAACUAAAGCCCAAGGCAUAGAUUUUAUCUGUCUUGACAUGAGCAAUGGCAGUGGAAAGUGUGUUUGUUGGCAGACCAGCUUAGAUGAUUGGGGGGUUCUUUAACUUCUGUUCCCUUGUCCUCUUCUCUGUUGUUCAGGGUUAUACAUGCUUGUUUUUUUGUUUUGUAUUUUAUCACAUUGGACACAGCCCUUUCUGGGAGCAUAGUGCAUUCACAGCUACUUGUAGUUAAAAGUAGGUGACAACCACCAAAAGUUCUACAAAAUGCUUAGUGAGGGUCUCUUAUGAAAGCAUACAUCUGGGUAGAAAAGACAUUAGGAGUUCUAUCCUCAGAUCCCAGGGUUACAUCAAAUUGUUGCUUGUAAACACUUAAGUAAAAUUACAUCAACCAUUCCAUUUAUAACUGCACCCGUUUUCAAUAAAUAAAUAGAAAUAAAUCAAUUGGAUGCUAAGACGUGCUUGGCAGAUUAGGUUUAGCACCUUCCUUAGAUGGAUAUAUUCCUUCUCUUAGGAAAUAUCAUUUUUACAUUGUGUAGGGCCUGGCCAUUUUAGGUAAUAAAAUGAAAUGACACAUUUAAUAUGUACAUAUUAAACAGAAAACUUUCAGUUGCGUGUCUUGAGAUCUGACAGGACCAUCAAUCUGUUUUAUCAAAACAAGAGACACUUGGUACAAAAGGUUGAGAACACUAUGUAUUUUAUUUCCCUUAAAUCUUCUCAAGUAUACCAUUGCUUGGUACUCUUACAUGCUGAUGACAGCAAGUGAUCCAAAGUGCUUUGAAACAUCCAGCUGACAGAAUUUUUAGGAAUCUUUAUGUAUUGGAAUUGGAACAUAAGGACUUUCUUCUUGUAUUUGACUGCUUUCAGAUAAUACCAGUGAGGGGGUAACAACACAGGAAGUGCAACAGGGAGCAGAAAUCAGGCAUACGUACUGUCUCAGAAUGAAUGACACUUGCAAGCUACUUUGCCUGGAAGGCCCCUUUAGGUUACAGUCCUGUGGACACUUACUUGGGAGUAAGCCCCAUUGAACUUGAUUGGAUUUACUUUUGAGUAAACAUGUGAAGGACCAGGCUUUUAUUGCAAGGGGACAUUCCAAAUUUCAUUGUCCCUCUGGCCUUCGCUGCCAAUCUCACUUAGAUUUCUGCCAAUAGUAAGUAUCUAAAAAUGUUUCCAUAUUGCUUUUCUUCUGUGAUUUUUGCAGAAGAAUGAAAGGCAAAUCAAAUAUUUGCUGGUGUAAAAAUAGCAACUUGAGAAGGGUGUAUUCUGGGUUUUUUUUAAAAAAAAAUAAUCAUGUGAUAUAUAUCACAUGUGUAAUAUUUUGCCUAAAUAACUAUUUUAGGAAUGUAGGUGAUUGUUUGGUUUGUGUACAUGUGGAGCUUUAUAUAUUUUUUUAAGUCUUAUAAAUUAAAGGGGAUCAUGCUAAUUCACAGAGCAAUCUUAUGCAUGUCUAUUCAAAAACAAGUCUCUUGAGUUUAGUGGGGCUUACACCUGAGUAAGUGGGUGUAGUGUUGCCCCUCCCAUGUAGUUUCUUUAAAAACUUCAGUUCAAAAGACUGGCCUGCUAUUUAGAAUCUGUGAGAGAACCUCUGGCUGAAAAAUCAUUUCAAACCAUUUAUACCCCACCUUUCCCAAUUGCUCAAGGCAGCAUUGAACAUCAGUUAGCACAGCUACUCUUAUUGUAUCAAACUUAUUGUAUAAAAGCAUUAAAACGUACAUAGCAGCAAAACCAGAAAUGGGGGAGGGGUUACUUUCCUUUGUUAAUCUAGCUCAGUGUUUCCCAAACUUGGGUCUCUAGCUGUUUUUGGACGACAACUCCCAUCAUCCUUAGCUAGUCAUGGAUGAUGGGAAUUGUAGUUCAAAUACAGCUGGAGAUCAGAGAGUAUAUAAUUACUGUAACUGCCUCUUUCCCCCUCCAUGCUUAUUUUGAUCCAAAAGACUUGCAGAAGAGCCUUUGUGCCCUUCCUCCCUAGAUUCAGUCAUUUUUAAGUUUCAUUAACAAAAUUGCAUUCACAUCAAGUAGAAAAUUACUGAUCGAUCCUUCUUUUCCUGAAACACAAUUCUGAAUAUGAACUUUCAUGCAAAUAUUAAGCUUAAAACUAGAAUAUGCUUCUUUUGUUUAAAGGCAUCAGAAGCAAUACUCCCUGACAACAUUUUAGUGUCAACAAGGAAAGUUUGUUAACUUCUUUUUUAAAAAAUGGGAGAGUGGGGAAAUGUACACUAGUUAAGAUAUAUGCACCUUUAUGGAAUAGCUUUAAGAAAGGAAACUAUUAUGUUGCAUAUUGUGUUUACACAGGGAGAUUGGACAAUCUAAUUUAGCUGUAAUGUAAUUCUCUCUUACCAUAAACAUCCAUUUGAUAACAUUAAUGAGUAUUCUCUGUGGGAUUUUUUUUUUCAUUUGUUCAGAGUAAUCUGAUUAGGGGAUAAAGCUCCAUAUUAUAUUUAUGAAAAUUGAUUCUGUUUACCGUCUACAUAUAAACCGGUUUCAAACACCUGAAUGUUUUCAGGAGCCAGAGUGGUCCAGUAUGUAGGCCUAAAACUGGUUCUAAAGACCUUCCCCAAGUGUGAAUUGUAUGAACUAGUCGCAGAAAGAAAGAAAAAUACAAUAGCCUGUUGUUCUUUAUUGGCUAGUACAGAGGUUGCCAACGUGGUAUUCUUCAGCUGUUGUGAGCUCCAAUUCCCAUCAGCCCAGCCAUCAUGCUCAGUGGUUAGGGGUGAUGAAUGCGUUGGCAUGCAGCAGUGAGCAGCAGUGUGUGGUAUGGGUUAUCACACAUUGUGGAGCGCAGUGGCGGGGGAAUGGCUUCAAUGUGGCAAGUGCAUGAAAUAAUUCACUUUUAGAUGAAACAAGACAAUAUUUUUAAUUGUGUGGAGAUGAUAUUACACCUGACAUUUGCUUGACUGCAAUAAACCUAAGAAGAUAUUGCCUGUGAGGUUAAAUGGUUGAGGUGUGUUCCUUAAGCUUGAAGCCAGGGGAAUCUAAAGCCUCUAAGCUGCUUUCUAUGUAAAUAGAGAAAUUGAAGCUCAUUUACUUAAUUAACUUGAAAAGACUUGCAGCCAUAACUAAAGGUUUGUUUUCUACAUCACUUUGUGUGUGACAUCAUUUCAAGCUGCUUUGAGGCUAUCUCAUCUGAAAGCAUAAAAUCUAAUUGGGUAGUGAAUAAUUCUCAUGUCUCUCAAUUUUGUAAAAAAGAAAAAAAAGUAAUCUGCAAACACCCAUUUUAUGCUCAAUUGACUGCCUAAUUCACUGCUGGAUGUGAAAAGCAGUACUUAGAUGUUAGAGGAGGAAAAGACAAAGUGCUGCUAUGAUGUAGCUGGAAAAUGAUUUCUAAAAUAAGUCCUCUGCAUUGCAUCCAACUAAGUCCUUCUCAGAGCAGACUCAUCAAAAGUAAUGGACUUACGUCGACCGGGUUCAUUGAUUUUGGUGAGUCCCCUCUGAGUAUGACUUCCUUGAAUGCGAUCCUCCUUUCAUAAUACGGACCACACAAAUAGGAGUUUUUUCUUGCCAGCCCUAUGCAUCAACUGCAAAAUAAGGAAUGAUAAGCCUACUUAAUACUUGGGCGGGGCAGGGGCUAAAAAAAUGGUGGAAAAUAUUUUCAGAAUUUAUGCAUCAGAAUAUUACAAAUUUACCUGGAAAUUGAUGCCAGUUUUCUCUUGUCUUUUCUUUUUCAAAGGAAAGUCAAAGUGACUAACAGGACAUAAAAUAAAAAACAGUUUUUGAAACGGGAAGCUUGCCAUAAACCAGUAACAAUAGAAACACAAACAGCAUAAAACCUAGCCUUCCAGUAGCAGAUGAAUAAGGGGAAUAACAGCAGGAUCACCAUAUUCAGAACAUGAUCAAAACCGAAUCAGAACCAUAGUAGUAGCUGGACAACCUUGGUUGCAUUUCUCAUAAUAUACCCUGCAUUUUGAAGACCUCUGGCAUUCUCUCAUAUGUCUCCAUAUUAUUUCAGAAUGCUUAAAUCUCUCUUUAAAAUGUCUUCAAUUUGAUUAAUAUUGCUGCUGUAUUUAUUCAGAGGCUGGAAGGUCAAAGACAAAUUGUGGAUUGCAGCAAUGAUCAGCCCUGUUCAAGUUUUACAUCUCUCUUCUAAAUUGAAGUAGCCAUGUGGCAGUUUGACAGAGCAUCUUGUUCUGGACAAAAGUGGCGUACUGGAGGGAAAUAUGCAACUGCAAGUAAUUUAUCAAUUACUGCAAUGUAAAGCUGAGCUUGCUGAGCUUUGUCUUUUACUUAGACUGCUCCGUAAUGAGAUUUAUUUCUUAAAUGACUUGUUUUUCUGCUGGAUUCUUGCAUUAGUAAAUUGAUUAUCUGAAUUCCAAUCAGGGAAUUGCUUUGGGAUUGGGCUGCAGUGUGGCUUGAGAAACUGUAAUAAAACAUACUCAUAUAUUCUUGUCAUUCAGAGUUGUGGGUGGGGUGGGGAUCAAUGUGUUAAUUGCUUAGAGCAUCCCUAGCAACUAUGACUGUCCUGACUCAUUUAUUUUGACAUUCAUUACAAACACGCAGGCAUGAUUAAGUUCUUACUAGUGAACCAGUUUCUUGUGUUUGUAAACUUCUAUUGAAACUAUAAUAUCAUAAGAUGAUUUGCCUGUUCAGGCUGGUUUCUGUUUUCCAUCUUUAAAACAAUGUAAAAUGUGCAAAAUAGGAUUGGUGGUGUUGUACCCCACAAAACCGAGCUAUGCAGAGUGCACAAGUAUGAUCUAUAUUUCUUGUGCACAGACUUGGUUUUAUUUAUUGAUAUUUUUUUAUAUACAGCCUUUCAAGGAAAAAAAGUUCUCAAAGAAAUGUCCCUGGUAAAAAAAUAUGGUAUAACAAUUAAAACAACGCAAAACAUCUCAAUUCCAAGGAUUUCACUAGAGUUUGUCUUCACUCCUCAUUGGCAGGAAAUGCAUUGUAGCAUGUAGAUUUCAUCAAAUGGAUGAUAUUAACAACUCGUGUCAUGUGGAAUGCUCAAUGAGGUGGUUGUUGGAGCUGCUGAUGGAAGAGCAGUAUAAAGGACCUCUUCCCCAGUCUUCUAUGUAGGGCGAACAGUGGCCAAAGAAGGAAGAAGUAGCCCUUCCCCCUGAAAGGGCAGGGAGAUAGAGAAAUUGGCUAAAGCAGAGAGGAAGUACAAUGGAAAUUGAAUUGAUAUCUUAUUUAUUUGUGAAACAAUUCAGUGUAAAAACUGUGAGUCUGAACGUUAACUCACACUAAAAACUGGGCAAAAUAAAAGCAUGAAAUAUAGUUAUUUUCAAGGUCAUCUAAACCACGAGAAAUCCCUUUUUCUUUUUUAAAAUUGUUGUCUUGAUUUGCAUAAUUAUUUUAAAGUGGAUCUUACUUUAAAAUUAUAGAGUAGAAUUCAAUAUUGCAGUGUGACAAACAUUCUGUCUGUACAAGCAUUUCGGCUUGCCAGGCAGAGCAAACCCUCUUCUCUUCCCCCCUCACAGGGUGGCUCACAGGGUUCUCCAAAACCCAAAAGCUACUGGGGGGGGGGGGGAGAGAGAGCAUGUAGUGGGUGGGACAAGUGGGGAGGAAGUGCAGAACAUCUGCUGACAGAGUUUGUUAGCUGAAACCCACCCUUAUUUUUUCCUUAUUGUACCUUUCAUGUAAGUUAACUUCUGCAAACUAAAAAACCUAAAUACAUUUCAGUACUGAAAACCUGAAGGGUAAUGGGUUCUUUUUGUUUUGUAUACUGUAAAAGCUUGUCUGCCUUUCUAACAAAUGGAAUUAGUUGGAUGCUAUUACGUCACUUUCCAUUCCCAGUUAACAUUUCAGUAUUUCAAGAAUAGUUUUUAAAAACGAGAUUGCAUCCCCCAAAGGGCUUUUACUAUAUCUGAUAUCUUUUAGUGAACAUGCAACUAGAGGCAUUCUGCUUCUGAAGUCCCCACAAUUUCUCUCUCCAGGCAAAUUGCAUUAUGCUACCCAUAAAGACGUUUUUCGUCUUUCUAAAAUCAGAUUAAGCAGUGUAAGGGCAGGUUGCUGGAAGGUAGAUGACACAUUUUUAUUUUUAUUUUAAGUGAUGAUUUGAGGUAAAAGUAUGUUCUUCCUUAAUGACUAAAAAUAGAGGAUGUCUCUUAGGUUGGUUUUCAUAAAAGGGUUUAUUUAAACACUAGGUGUUUUUUUAGAGUGCAGUUUUCUAAAGCUUUAAAAUGCAGUGAAGAAGAAGAAUUGGGAAUGUUUCUUGAGUAGUGAAAUUUUUCCUUCCUAACAUCGCCAUUGAGGUAUAAGUCAGUAAAAGUAAUCUUUUCACUUGAGGGGAUGUAGAUAGCUCUUCAGAUAUUCUAGAAUUAGAUUCUGAGUUCUUUACCACUAAAGCCAAUGCAGAUGUCACUGCAGUUGGUUAACUAUGUAUGAAACUGCUCACACAAAUGGUCUACGCACAGGAACAGCAUAGCACCUGAAAAACUAAUUCAUGUAGCUCCUUUUCCAGGAAUAGGAAAAUUACAACAUUUUCCUGUUCAUUGAAAGGAAAGGAAUCGAACAUAUUAGUUCUAAUUCAAUUCAGGAAAAUAUCAGGUGAAGAAAAAUAAUUAAUACUCAGUAGUUGUGUGACUGGAACCUCAAGACACAUUUUCUAUGAUACGGCAUUCCUUGUUGACAUAUACUGCCGAACAAUAAUUUUCAUGACAAUCCUCGUCACAAGCUUGGCAAAUCUGGAACUAAACUUGAUGAUCUGAUAAUUUUGAUAGUCUUGGACUUUGUUAUUUUAACUCAUGUGUAGCUUACUUCUACAUGCCUGUUUUAGAGUUCUGUUUUUCAUCUUUUAAAUUUUGUCUUAUAAUUGUUCUCUCUGCUUUAUAUACAUUAUAAAAUGAAAUAAUUUAAAAAACAACAACCCAACAGUUGUCUGAGUGGUCCAUGAGAAAUAUACUCACAAAUCUAGUAUAUUUCCAUCAGAUAUAUUGCAAUGAGUUCAUGAAGAAUGUGUGCUCAGAAAGUCAGUAUGCGUCCUAGGCCAUUUUAAAUUUAUGGAACUGGUAAGUAGUUUUGUUGUUGUUGGCAUCCAUUGAUCUUGGUAGACAAUGGAGUAGUACUCCUUCAGGCAUAAAGUCAAACAGUUGUGGGGUUACAGCACCUGCUGUGGCUGUAGAGACCAAUACAGGAAAGACAUGUUUUGUUGCAGCUGGGGCAGAUGAAGGCAUCUGGACGUGCUGCUACAGGUGCACUAUGGGGUUUCUUCUCUCUGCGCUCCUCCCAGCGGUCAUACUUCCUUUGGUCACUGCUAUGGAUACACUACCUGACAGUCUCCAGGCUCUGCGAUUGUCUGCAAGGGAUUCCCAUAUGGCAAGGUUAACGAUGCCAGCCUUCAUGUCACAAUUUCAGGCUUCUUUGUACAACAGAGUGCUUAAGAAAUUUGAGGUUUCUUUGAUAUGUCAGGAACUGAUGUGUACAGUGCUAAUACUGGACUGUCUUUAACUCAGGUUAAAUCAAAUUUUAUACUAGAGCCUCCCUAUUUGAAGAAUUGCUAUAAUUAAUUGUUCAUUCAAGUCACCCCUUGCUUCCGUUGGUUAGUAAAUUGCUGAAUUAUAAUAAUCCCCCCCCCUUUUUGCUUUUUGUAGGUUAUUUGAAGGGCGUUCGCCAAGGAAGCCUGAGAAACUGAAAACCCUUUUCUGCUACUUCAGGAGAGUCACAGAGAAAAGUAAAACAUUUUAAAACAGUCACAUUCUCCCAUAAUAAUUUCAAGAUUUCCAGGAACAGUAUCUUUCAGCCAUCAAAUUAUUUAGAGAACACACAUGUUUUUAAAGUCCUCCGGAAUUUUGUUAAUGAGGGGGGCAGAUGCACCUCUUCAGGGAGGGUAUUCCACAAAUGGGGAACCACCACCAUGAAGGCCUUCUCAUGGGGUCAUGACCACCAACAGGGCCUCCAUUGAUUGUAGGGCCCAGGAUGGCUAAUGCAGUCAUAUUCAAAAUACUUCUGUAUAGCUGUAGUUGAGCAGUAGUUUAAAAAUGGAUAUACUAAUUAUAUAUGCACACUUUUACAUAUGUAUACACAAAUAUAUAUAUAUAUAUGUACGUAUCUUAAUCUAAAUUACCUGAGAAUACGAAAAGCAGGCUAGCAAUCAAACUGAAAUUAGUCAUGAUGGCAUACAUGUGGUUGUCUGGCAAAAACAGUGAGUUCUCUCCAGUGCUAUCCUACUCAGAAUAGGCCCAUUGAAAUUAAUGGGCACAACUAAUUUAGCUCCAUUAAUAUCAAAAGGUCUACUCUAACUAGUGGAUGUAACCCAAUAGUUUCACAUCUCCUUCUCAUGCUGUAUUUUUCCAGUGGAAAUAUCUAAUCUUGUUAUACUGCCCAAGUUUUUAUUUUGCCCUUUUUUCAUUUUCGUUUUUUUGACGGUAAUGAUGUGACUAUUAGCCUUUUAUUAGUAACAUGUAGCCUCUUUUUUGAUGGAGACAAAAUGGCAUAUUUGUUUUUUCCAUGUAAUUAAUAAGAAGACAACAGUAAUUCAUCUUUCAAAUGAAAAGAAAUUAAAUAUUCCAUUCCCAAAACUUAUUUUAUUACAAACAGUAAUUAAAUCACCUGUAACGUUAUCCUGAGUUGCUGAAAACCAAGAGCUUUGUUUUCAGAAGACAAACAUUUAAUUUGUGAAACAUGAUCUCAUAAUAUGACAGUCCUCUUGUGAGUAAACACAAGGUUUGUGCAGAAAUCGCUGCCUGUGGAAAACAAACAAAGCUUCUGUUUAACCUUUUGAAUAUCUUAGAAUUUCUAGCUUGGUAACAAGACUCUUCAAACAUUUUCCAUAAAGUCAUUUGCCAGGAUAUUUCACGUCUUCUUCCCUUAUGAAUUAGGUUAGCAAACUAGUAAGCCAAAUCAUAGCAAACCACAAGAGAUGAAACAUUUCCAGGGGGCAAUUCUGUGCAUAGCUACUCAGAAGGAAAUACCACUGUGUUCAGUGGUGCUUGCUCCUAGGAAAGUGUGCACAGGAUUGCAACCUUAAUUGGGUUUACACUAUUAAUGUUUUUAAUUAUGUUCACCAAAACUUUUAACAGAGACCAACAAUCAGUGCCUCUUUAGAUUUCUAAGAUGCAGCCAUUUCCUUGCACAUAACAAUCUACAUGUUUAGUUUGAGUUCUACCUGUCACGCAGAUUUAUUUUCGGGAAUAAGCCAGAGUCAUGAGGUUUAUCUCCCUUUCUGAGUUCCCCUUUGGAGAACACUGGAGUAACUACAUUUUUCUGAAGAAGGCAGACCCUCAUACAGAUCAAUCCUAUUUUCAUUCUGCACCUUCAAAUGCAUACCUUAGAUGGGUUCACUAUUGGAGCCCAUCACCGUCCCACUUCUAAUCCAUUAGAAGAAAUCAAACUUAAAUUGUUGCUUAGGCUUACAUACGUUGCAGUACAUUCUCCUUCAUUGAGAAAAGGUAGCUAGGAUCAGGUUAACGCUCCUAAAUCAGAAGGAUGUAGCUUUCCCUUCCUAGGAAGGUUACUUAAAUAAAAUGUGUCUUUCUAUUUUACCAGAGACCACUUCAUAGGUUUCUGUCCCUCAAAAUCACUCUCAAGAUAAAGGUACCCAGAGUUUAAAAUUGAGCAAAAAAAAGUGUGGAGAACACACCUCCUCUAGUAGUUUUAAAUUCAAAAGAAUAUGAAUUGAGAGGUAAGAUGGGUAAUAUAAAUAGAUUACAACCACCAUUCAUUUUCUAUUUUCUGUUCAUUAUUUGUUUUUGAUCUAUUAUUUGAUUACAAUACUCUGUUCACUUGCAGUUUAAAAAUCAAACAUCAGUACCCCCUUUCAAAGAAUGAACAUCUUAAUAUAGGCAAUCAACUAGUUAUAUGUUGUUCUUGUAUUUACAUGAAAGCCAAUAAAAAUUAUUUGGGGAAAAAACAAAUAUUCAACAUAUUGUUUCUCUGGCAACAUUUCUGCGCUAGAGGUACAUCCUUUGUAGAUUUAUCUUCCAAAUGAAAUGAAGUGCUACAUUUUUAUAUGCUUACUUGGGUUUGUUUUCUUGUAGAACCCACUGGACUGGUGACAUUUACAAGACAGUGUCUACAGGAAUUUCCAGAUUGGGAAAGGUAGGGUAAAAUAUCUCUCCUAAAAUAGUUGCAUUUUGAUUAGAGCUGGUUUACCUAAAUCCCAGUAAUGUUUCAGCUUUUUUCUUUUGCCUGACAUCCUGGGAUUGGGGGGGGCGGGUUGUCAGGAAACCCAGGUUGGUUGCAUAAGCAUCUUGUGCUAAUGACUGAUCCAUGUCAGUUUCACAGAGUAGAAAAUGGCUUUGGGAUAUGAAAUAAAGUUGUUGUUUGUUGUUGUUAUUGUUAUUAUUAUAUCUCAAGUACUCAACUUCUCUGUAACUUCUGUUUCAACCAUGUUUGCACCUCGCAGUAGGUCAUAAACGAUUGUUUACAAAACACAAGCAACUUGUACCUACUUUGCUCCUCUUGGCUCAGGUUGGAAGGAAACAAAUCCUAAUACAGUCGUACCUUGGUUGUCGAAUGGAGUGAGUGUUCUGGUUUUUUAACAUUCUUUUGGGAGGACAACAUCUGACGCAGCUUCCACUAUUGUUUCCGGUGUGCCUGCGCAAUUGGGAGCCAGUUGGAAGCUGUGCCUUGCUUCCCAAAUGUUUCACAAGUCAAAUGGACUUCCAGAACGCAUUCUGCUUGAAAACCAAGGUACGACUGUAACAGGAUGCUACGUGGCAAAGGGGGCUGCAGCAGGAAGAAGGAACUGCCCACCCUUCCAUCAGCGGAAGUGCCUUCCACGCGCACAAGAACAUUUUAGGGGUCUAAGGCCAUAUUUGUACAUUCUAUAGAUUAAAUUGAUCUGUCUCAGUGCUAUUUUCUAAAUGACUUUAACUGUAUGCUAAUAAAUGAUCACAUGCUUCCCAUUAAGCUGAGUGAGGCUAAGCAGUCAAAUGCUUUCACAGUGAGAAAGCUGCUUUUUAAAUUUUUGUUUCUUCUGGAAAUGACUAAUGUAACUUUGCAUUAAUGCCAAGGCACUCAAGUUUUGUACAGAAAUGGCUUUAUGAAGCCUAUUAAUUUCUUCUGUUAGCAUUUGGAUCUUGUUCAAGUAGGGGCCAAAAUAAAGGUUUUUAGGAGCAGUAAAUCAAUAGCUAGAUAUGACUAAUGCAGCUUAAUUUAAACUUGUCUGUUUAAUUGCACUACAGGAUGAUUAAAUAUGCCAGGAAUACCAUUUUAUGCAGAAUAAAAAUUUCUGUCUAGAUAAAGAAUGGGUAUUAAAUCAAAAAGUUUGAGUAUUAUAAAAAAAGGAAACAGAAGGGAAUUUUUUGCAGUAUAGUACAAUGCUUCUUUUUGUUUUUGAAUAAGCAAAAUGGGGCCAUUUUGAAUGAAAACCUGAAAGCUUUAAAUUUUCCAUUUCAGCAGAAAUAAAAUAGAUUUUCCAUUCUCCUCAAUAUGUGUCAGAUUUUCACCUUUCACCUCAGCAUUCAGUCUGAGGUUAACAGUGGAUAUGCUUUCCAUAGGUGUUUUUGUGUGCCAGCAAAUAGGCAUUUAUAGAGCUUCAAUUGGGUAUAUAAAUGGUAAAAGAACAAGAGCUGCUGUUGAUUCUUUGCAUGCUAGCAAUGCAGAAUCCAAAAUGGAGUUUGAUUGCCCUUCUCUCAUGGGACUUGUUGCUUGCUUGUAUUUAAUGAGAAUAAACUUAUUAAGGCCAUAGGGCCUAAUCACAAAACUGCUAUGAUGUGUGUUGUGCUAACACUCCCGCCAAACCUUUUUAGUUUUAUUUAAUUUCUCUCAGUAUAGGGAUAGUGCUCCAAUUAAAGGGAACUGUCAUCUCCACGGUCUGUACCAAGUGCAAACAUUUACAACACUGUGGCAAACAACAUGGUUUUAGGGUACUACUAAUGUUGGAUUUCUAUUCCUCUCACUGUGCAGAUAUUGUGUAGGAUUGGUUCAUCAAAAUUAACCAUAAGUGCGACCCAUCCUAUGUUAUUAUAGAAUUCAGUACAGAUUGAUUGACAGGAGACAUUUUUCUUAUCAAUUUGCAACAUGAUAACAUUGAUUUUUUAAAAAAAAUGUAUUUUCUCUCUAUAAGGUAUUGUUCCAUUCCUCAUAUCUGUAUUUAAUUACAGAACCCAGAAAAAGCUGUCCAGGUUGCAUGUCACAUAUGAAGGCACUAUUGAGAGCAACGGGCAUGGGAUGCUACAGGUAAAAGCAGCAUAAUAUAUUGGCUUGUGCUAUGCUCUAACAAAACUUUUGUUCUAUUGAGCAUUUUAGCAGAAUGAUUCAGCUGUGCCCUACGUUGUAUGUGAAAGUACCAAACUAGUGUGCAGUAUAACAGACACAGCAGAAUUGAUUAUUCUGACAGCCUUAACGUUAUCUAUUGUCUCCAGCUCACCUUGUUUCCCACAUGUGUACUCUGUGAAUAACCUUUUGAUUGACAACCGGAAUACCCGGAUAGCUCCAGGUUCUUCAGGUCACACAGAGAUUGAAGAGCGACAAGAGAGGGGUGGUUCCAGGGUAUGAAAGUGACAGGCUGACAGUUUUAUUUUUUGUUUCCUUUAUUUUGGAAGUGCCCCAGCAGAUGACCAGUUCAGUAGUUCAGGAGGCAUUGUCUGUUGCUAGUGGAAUUGCUUUGGUCUGAGAGCCAGUCAGCUAAAACAGAUUGAUAACGAUUCCGCCUUGUCCAUAUCUACAAGCAUUUUGAUGUUGUUUUAGCCGAGAGGGAACUGAAUUCUGAAGUCUGGUAUGGGUGGCUGGUACCUGUUUCGUUAAUAAUGGUUGAUUUAUCCCUUUUAUACUUAAAAACCUAUUCAGCAGCCUUAGGAUGCCAGAGUAAUAGGAUUUACACCAAACUAAUUGUGGGUUGUUCUUCUGCACAAGCCUCAUUGCAAUCACAGGGAGAUGCACAAGACCAUUAAUGUGCUCUCAUGCUGUUUCUCUUCACUGUAAUGAGGCUUGCCUGGGAGAACUUCCUAGAAGAUUAUUCCCAUAGUAAAGGUAAAGGGACCCCUGACCAUUAGGUCCAGUCGUGGCCAACUCUGGGGUUGCGGUGCUCAUCUCGCUUUAUUGGCCAGGGGAGCCAGCGUACAGCUUCCGGGCCAUUCUGGCGAACCAGAGCAGCACACAGAAAUGCCGUUUACUUUCCCACUGGAGCGGUACCUAUUUAUCUACUUGCACUUUGACGUGCUUUUGAACUGCUAGGUUGGCAGGAGCUAGGACCGAGCAACGGGAGCUCACCCCGUUGCGGGGAUUUGAACCGCCGACUUUCUGAUCGGCAAGUCCUAGGCUCUGUGGUUUAACCCACAGUGCCACCCGCGUCCCCAUUAUUCCCAUAGUAGAUCAUUAAUGGAACAAAAUCUACUUAAAUCCAGUUUGCAUCCUUGUUUUUCACUUCUUUUUUUUUAAAACCCUCUUUAUUUUACAAAUGAUAUUCCAAAAUAACAUAUACAUCAUAAACCUAUCUGAACACUAUAGUUAGAUGCGUUAUAGCAUUAAAUCCCAGAAGAAGAAAAUCUAUAUCAUAUUUUGGCAUUUCUCUGACAUUUAGGCCAUCCUUAAAAGUAACAUCUCCUAACUCUGGACUGCUGUUACAAAUUUGAAUGAACCUCUUAUGUGUCCCAUAUCUCUGUAUGUUUUCUGGGACUUGUGUCUCACUGUCUUCCUGCUUAAAACUUGCUUCUCACUUCUGAAUAAAAAAGGAAAAUGUUACAGACCAUCAUCCUUUUUUAAGACCUGUUAGAGUAAAAUGGGGCAGGAAAUUUGGAUCAGUAAUUAUUAGGCAAUGCAGAAAGGGUGGGAACUCCAUUUUCCAAAUGCAGUUGUGGAUUGCAGGAAUCUGGGGUGCAUCAUGGGGGAAUGCCCAUAUAAUAUAGGGGGGGUGUCUUGUGGCCUUCCAGAUGUUGUACUACAGCUACCAUCAUCCAUGACAAUUCAUUGUGUUGGCUAGGGCUGAUGAGAGUUCAUUGAAAUCUGGAGGGCCACCGAUUUCCCAUCCUCAUCACAAAGCAUUCUCUAGAAAGCCUCCAGGGGAAAAACAUAGUUAGCAGCCACUACUUAGCAAGAGCAGACAAGACAAAAUAACUAUUUCCUGCCCUUUGGCAAGGCGUUUGAGCAUAUAAAAACAAUGUGCCUGAGACGCACAUAAUCAGGAGCAGGGCAAAUGAAGGUCACAUGGGGGGGGGGGGGGAGAGGAAAGUCUCAACUGUAAGAGCUAAUGAAAAAUUGUGUCCGUAAUACAUUUUGCAGUGUUAAGAAAACGCAUGGAGUAGCAUAAGUUACAAUUUGGAAUUUAAAAAAACUCCAAAAAAAGUAGAAUGUGCAUAGUGUUGUUUGUAUAUUGUUAGUAGCUGGCAAAAUUACAUGAUCUCAUUAUUGUGUUCAUUAUAUUGUCUCUUCUACCAUUUACUGAUCUAGUUGACUGGCUUAUUAUCAUGAAUUAGAUUAGUGUGGUUCUGAGAAGAGAGACUGUUAGCCCUCAUACCGCCCCUUAUUUUAUGGGGUUUGACCCUGAUUAUAAUUUUUGAGCACUGUUACAGUAUGCAGAAUGAAUAUAAUAAGACAACAGUUCAUAUAAUUAUAGUUGAUGACAUAAAUACUAAUUUGGCUCAGGUAAUAGCUGCUGUACAGUGGAGGAAGCUAUAGUAUUUUAAUUUGGGAAUUGUUCGAAGGCUUUGAGUUCUUAACUUCUCAUUUGUGUGUGUGUGUGACCUUGGGCAAUCCAUUUUUCAUUCCCAUGUCUCUGGAGUGGGUAGUUCUAGCAAAACACAGGUAAGGAGCCUAUGAUGGUCACUCCACUCUAGCAGAUUUUCUUUCAUACUUCUCCUUGAAACAUGAGGCCAUUUUCUAAUGUCGUGAUUAUUUUCUUCUGAAGCAUAACUUUAUAGCUUUUGUUACACUUGAAGAGCCAGAAAAUACAUUAAAACCAAGGGUGUGUUUUAACAUUGCAAAGCAAUAUUAAAUUUUCUCCCAAGCCACUUAAAACUGUAGCCUUGGAGGCAGGAAAAUAUUUAAUAAUGCAUUUGUUGUUCUGUACAAAUUUGCAUUGAAUGCACCCUAUUUCACCUCAGCAAUGUUAUUGUCAGUCCCGUUUCAGCUAUGUAGCUUUCUGAUUCUGCAUAAACAGAACAAAUCCCUCUACUUGGCCAGACUCAGACUAAAUAUUAGAAUGAGGUCUCUUGGGAGGUUUAUGCAUUAUACUUUGAGCAAUAGUUCAACCACAAAUGCCUUUCAGCGUUUUUAUUGUAACUCUCAUUAUUUUUUAAACAAUUCAGAUGUUAGUUAAUAAAUUUAUAUCCUGCCUUUCAGUAUGUUUUGAUCAGGACAAUUUAUAAAACUCCAGAUUAAAAUAGUAGCAUGAAAUGUAAAACAACAGACACAAUCUAAAACCAGAUCAAAUUCCAAGCAAACGUUUCUAAAACCCCCCACAAAUCUUAGAAACCCUGGGAAAAUACAAAAAGAUUUCUGCCUGGUCCUGAAAAGAUGGCUACAUAAAUGCCGAGUCAGUGUCUUGUACAAGACCAUUCCAUAGGUGGGACACCACCAUCAAGAAAGCUGUCUCCUCAGCCAUGUCUACUGUGUGUUAUUUGGCAGGGGCACUCAGAGAAGAGCCUCUGGCAAUGACCAGUUGUAUGAACAGGCUGAUCUACUUUUCUCUUUAAUCAGACUAGUGACAGAGACCCCAGGGACUCAUAAAGUAGAGGAACAUUACUUGAAAGAGAUAACAAGACACUGAUUAUAUGUGUAUCCCACAUGCUUUUUUGUACAAAAAAGCCAAGAGUGUACAGCUUGUUAUCAUCUGGCAAUUUGUUCCUUUCAUUGUGAAUGUGAGCUCUCAUUCCUUUCAGGUGUCUUCUGUCAUACAUUUACUUAGAUCUCCCUAGACUGAAAAGUGCUGAUAGAAUUUAAUUACAGGACUUAAAUGUGCCCCAGGGUAGGCUGCAGAUGGCCAAGGAUGUAGUGUAUCAAAUAAUAUUUCAUCAGACCUUUAAAACACAAAUAAUCGCAGUCAUCUGAAAUGCAAAUAAAACACACAAAUCUCCUUAGGCUACUUCAUGUGUUACAUGUUUGCUAUUGUGUGCCCAAGUGGCAGGAGGUUGCAGCCAGUUCCACUUCCCUACUUUGUGUGUAUCAUCAUGUGGAAGAAACAUGCAUUUAUUAUUAUGUGCACGUUAAAAUUUACAGGCAUAGAAAAAUGUUUUUGUGUACCUGUAAAUAAUAUACAGUCGUUCUUUGGUUCUUGAACAGAAUGCGUUCCCGGAGUCCGUCUGACUCCUGGAACCAUUCACAAACUGAGGUGUGGCUUCCGAUUGGCUGCAGGAACGUCCUGCAGCCAGUUGGAAGCCACAGAAGCCGUGGCGGACAUUCGGCUUCUGAAAAUCUUUCAAUAACCGGAACAUUCACCUCUGGGUUUCAAUUGUUUGGGAGCCGAUUUGUUUGGGAGCCAAGGCAUUUGGAAUCCAAGGUACGGCUAUAAUGUGUGAAGAUGCCUUUGGAUCCCAAGUUCAUUGGGUUCUAUUCAAUGUAGCACCACAGCUAAGGUUCCAUCAGUUCAAGGAUUUUUCAUCACACAACAGAAUAUUAUUUCCCUCUUCUGUCCUGUGUGUCUCCUAAAUCUGCUGGAGUCCCCCAGCCCUCCAGAGCAAUUUCGAGGAUGACAUGGGGGAGGAGAGAGGGGCAGUUACCUUGUACUAGUGCUAAUAAUCCUUGUGCUAGUGAAAAAAGUUCAUUGAAAUCUGCCAGGUGUGACCUUUUCUGUGUAUACUUGUCAUCUAAAAAAAAAUCAGGGCUUAAAUGUUUGUAGCCAUGUAAUUCUGAGUUCUGAAUUACGAAACAACAAGCAAGCACUAACUAACAAAAAAGGAGCACAGUAAAAUGGCUCAGGCUAGAUGGUAGCAUUGCUUAAAUAUUUUGUGGUUAAGAUCAAGAGAACCCCACCUGAACAUGAAAAAUGAGCAUGUAUAACAGAUGUUUACAUUAUUGGGGGUGUUGGAAAUGUGUUUGAAUGUGCUGUAACCACAAAAAUUAUACCUCUGUCAGGUUGAUUUUGCUAAUCGCUUUGUUGGAGGUGGCGUCACUGGGGCAGGACUGGUGCAAGAAGAAAUUCGCUUCUUAAUCAAUCCAGAACUGAUUGUAUCUCGUCUCAUUACUGAAGUCCUGGAUCACAAUGAAUGUCUAAUUAUCACAGGUUAGUUUUUGUAAGCCUCACACUUGAGAAAUAUUCACAUACCUCAUGUGAACCUGGUGCCAAAUAACUCCAGAAACUUACUCCCAGUUCAUAUCACUGGGCAAAAGACAGCAAUCUAGGAUAUGUAUUCACUGGAACUGAGCCAAUGUGUUUAGACUCAUUUUAGAAUCAGGGAGAUUCAGAUUCAAAUCCCUACUUAGCCUCAGUGUGUGAAAUUAGGCUAGUCACUAGAUCUUAGCUUAACCUUCCUUACAGGCUGAGGAUAAAAUGGGGGUGCAGGGAGAACAAUUUAUGCCACUUUGAGCUGCUUGGGGGGGGGGGGGGACAAAAGUUAAAAAUGAGCCAUAAGUCAAAUGAUGCAGAUGGUUAGAUGCAUGGGAACUCUUGAGCGUUACCCAGCCUAGAGGAAAGUACAAUACAAAGACAACUGGCAACUUGGAUAUAUGUGAUCCUUUACCGUUAACAGCAAAAAACAUAUGAUCCAGGUACCAGAUACGAUGUUAGGGAGUAAAGGCAUUGAUCAAUAACAUCAGCUGAUGGGCAGGUGUCUGUGGUUUGGGGGAAAUGGCUUGGUGGGCCAAGAUUGGCCCACAAGUUGGAGGUUCCCAAUUGGAUCCGAAAAUUGUGAUUGUAUAUGUAUUUACUAUGGCCGUUUGUUUUAUUUUCCCAAACCGAAACUAAGAUUGACCUGAGCUAUAUGGAUUGUUUGCUAAAAGUUGAAGCUUAGCUGAUUGCUAUGUACUGAAUUAAAUCUUGAAAAAUACAUAAAAAAGAGGAGUAUCAUAAUCUGUUCGGAGGGCAAAUGCAAAUAGUUUUUAGGGCUUCUGAAUCCAAAAUGGAUGCUUUUAUUUCUGAGGGACGGCCAAACAAACAAAGGAAGCAUUAUUUCUCAGGGUUUUUUUGUGCACUUUACUUUAUUACAGUACUUUCUAAUUAAUAUCUGUGAUGCAAUGUUCUGCUCCCUUAAUGGAAACAGCCAUUUCAUCAUCCUCAUUUGAUCCUUGGCUUACUUCCAUAUCUGUGCUUAGGCGAGUCUCUGCUGUGUGCAGCUAUCUGUCCAAUAAAUUACAGUCUUUCGAUGAUGCAUCUUGACUCAGUGGCCUAAUGGAUGUAACUGUGCCUCUGAAAUUUGCAGAAGAGACGGAGAGAUUGGAAAGAAAUUAGAUUUGUUGCAAUUGUCCAGCAUCUGUUUGAGAUCAUCACAGUAGCAAAUAUGAAACACAGAGCAGAGGCUUUUCCCAACUGCUGAGUGGUCAGAGGGAAUAGUUGAAGUUGAAGUCUGAUGUUUUGCUUUGAUACCUGCAUUUAUUUUUAUUUUAUUUAUAUUCUGCCCUUCAUGGGCAGAAUCUCAGGGUGGUUCAUAGAAUAAAAUACAGGAUAUGUUGCACAGGCAAUUUGAAAAUGUAUUACGAAUCUGAUAGCUGUAGGUAAUUACACAUUGCUAAAAUGAAAAUGAACAUACUUUGUGUUCGUAUGAACAUGGUCGAUAUCACCAAACUGCAAUUUGAUAGGCAUGUUGCAUUUAUUACAGUUUUCUUAAAAGAGAUUUUCUCACAAAUGGUGAGGGAGACACCAAAGUUGUCAUUUUUUCAUGCCUCCCUCUUAUACCGUUCCCCAGUUCUCACUUAUGUAGCUGUGGUGAACAUAAAAAGUAGUCCCAAGUAGAAGGCACAGAAACAGUAACGGAGGAAAAGAACAAUUAAAAUUAUUUUAAAGCCUUUUUAAAUAAAGAUGAAUUGAUUCAUCUUAACAAAGGAGAAGGUUUUCCUUUCCAUAUGCUUUAGUGAAGGCAUUGCUAUUCAUCAUCUGUCUGGUUUCAUAUUCCAGUAUUAAAUCCAAGUGUAUUGUGAAUAAUAAUAUGUAUGAUACCACAGCUAUUUGGUUUUGAUGAACUUUCUAAUCCAUGGCUUAGAAAUUGUGAGAAGGUUCUUAAAAUCGGACUGAAACUCACUUCCCUGACUAUGUUAUAUGAAAGGAUAGAUGAUUAUUCUAAGCUCAUCAGACAGUUUCAGGCCCCAAGACAGUGCAACCUUUCCUGGCCUUCUAUACCGAUCAAGCAUGACAACCUCCUUCAGUUUCAACAAGGCAGUCAGCGAAUUACAAUACUGCAAACCAAACAAUUUUCUCCUUCUCUCUCUCUCCCCCCCCCCCGCCGCUACACUAGAAUUUUGCAAACUUGUUUUAUUCACUUUGGAUUUUGACAAGCUGAUUUCCCAUGUGCAAGGUAUUCAGACUUCCUUUUCAGCAUAUAGCCAUAAUACCAGUAAAAUGAUUUGUUUAGCAGAGACAGAGAAAGAUGGUUGGUAACAAAGUUUGGCAACUUGUUCAACUGUUGGGAUACAUAUUCUGGAACAGCUCUCUUGCAUAGAUUUAUCUGUGCAUUUGGCUUUUCUGGAUCCAAACUACAUUGCUUUUGCUUAUUCAAAUGACAUUUCCUAACAUCCUUAAUGAACAGGUAUUCAGAAUGGGAAUGACUACAGAGGAGAGGAAAAUCUCAGCUGAUGGUGGCUUUUAAAAUGUGACCUUUCCCCCCACCAGGUACAGAGCAAUAUAGUGAAUAUACUGGCUAUGCAGAAACGUACCAGUGGGCCAGGAGCCAUGAAGAUCAAACACCCAGGUAAUGUUCUUGCAAAAGAGUGGCUUUGACAUUGUGAAAGUUGAAAAUAGAUCCUCAGGGCGGUACAUUGCUGCGAGCUCAUUUCCCGUGACUGCAAUUGACGGUUGCACAAUACAGAGGACCUGCAACAAAAAGUUACAGUGCAUUUUCUCUUAUAAAAGGAGUGCUUCUGUUUAGGAUGGCAGCUAGCUAUUCCUUCCCCUCGUGUUCCUUUUUUCUUUUCCAGUAGUCAUCCCAUAGAUACUUAGCAUGUUUCGUCCUCAUUGUGCUGUUUUUUUCAGGAGGGUAGCCCUCUUUGAGUUUUUGGGGUUUUUUGCGGGGCCGGGGGGGGGGGGGCGACUCAAAGACACAAGCAUCUCCCUCUUCUUUCUCAGUUGCCCCAUUUUGACUACGAUCCUAUCAAGACAAGCCCAGUUUGUUCUUAGGAAGAAUUAUGCUCGGGAUUCUACUAAACUCACACCUUGAGUUGGCUCAGGCCACUUAGAACCAUGUUUCCUCUUUACUUUGGAAAGACUUGGGGCACUUCUGAGAUAUAUCAGAUGGAAGUGCAAAGUACCAUGGAAACAUACAUGCAGUUGGAGACAGUGCACAUGUAAAGAGAAAAUUUGGAGCAUUUCAGAGUUAAUCAACCUUUUCCUCACAAGUAGAGGGAUGUAUACCAGUGUCAUGUUUUCCAGAAUGUGUCCUCCCAUCUCUCUUCAGAGCAUGAUAAGAAGUAACCUUUACUUGGUGUAUUUAGUUUUUCUAUACGACAGUAAUACUGUUUCUGGCUUCAGUCUUAACAAAGAAUAUUUGAUCUUGCUACUUGCAAAGAAGUCUUAACUCCCACUGAAACUGGUUCUGUGAUGUCUCAUAGUUAGUUCUCCAAAAAUUCUGCCUUUUGGGGGAAGGGCACUUUCUGGCACUGCUCCUAAGAUUAGAUUAACCCAAGAGGGUUCUUAGGAGGGAGCAUGUGUUUGAUACAGAGGCCCAAGUGUCUUUGCUAAUUUCUGUCACCUAGUUGAGACUUAAAGUGCCUGUUUAUGCUGAGGAAAGGCAAGAAGAAAAGGAUUGUGUUUGAAACAUGUACCAGUACAGCAAACAAAAUGAAUGUUGGCUAUUUUUCUUGGCCAUCCAGGGAAUCUUAGUGGCUAAAUCACAUAAUGUCCAUUAUUUAACAUUUGGGAUCUGACAUUCACAUUGUAGAAUUAAUGUAUUUCUAAAUCUGUGGGGAAACUUCAGGUGUCCUCCCACAUCCACUCCCUCUCUCUUUGAUUGGAGUUCACCUAUGAUCUAUUACAGCAUUGCUUUUCCUUGACAUUAUUUCUGUGCUUUUUCACCACUGGUAAAGCCCUGGAGAGAUGAACUCAUUUUCAGUCUUGUUUAUAUGAGCAGUAUUAUCGCACAGUUAAUUUUACUGCCCUUUUUUCUCUCUCCCUUCUCCUCCACCCCCCCCUUCGUUCCAAUGCAGGGAUGAAUGGCAGAGGCGCUGCACAGAAAUUGUAGCCAUAGAUGCAUUUCAUUUCAGACGUUUCCUUGAUCAGUUUGCUCCUGAGAAAAUUAGAAGAGAGCUCAACAAGGCCAGUAACUCCUUAAUCCAUCCUGCAGCCUUAAGCCCAUCAUUUAUUUGCAGCCAUUUCAUUAGUGUUUGAGUUGUGCUGUCCAAUAAUUUUUGCAGUGUCAACAACUCCUUGAAGGGAGACUUCCUGCUUAAUUGCAGUGUCAGUUCACACAAGGCGUUAUUCAUAUUUUCAACAGUAAGAUUAAAAUCGAACCUUGCCAGGUUAAAUCAAGUUGGUAAGUGGUUCUCUCUUGAAAUACCUCCUUUCAUUUUGAAAAAAUGAACUCAAUAGUUGCGUUCUUGGAGCUUUAUCCAAAUAUCCACAGAAAUGGUUGCAAAGCAGUCAUCCUUACCGAUUCCUUAUGCUAUGUGUUGUUGUGAUGGGUCAACUCCUAGAUCGCUUCCUAAUUUAAAAAAUAAAUUCUACUUAAAAAGUAGCAGUAUGGUGCUCACUAAUUUUAGCCAUAUGUGCCUCUCCUCUUCAUUUUUUCACCUAUUGUGCUCACUUUUCUUUUGUGAAAUACUUUUUUAAAACCAACAUAAAGGCUUGGGGUGUUUGGAAAUUAUGGGAAGCGCUACUUGUGUGACCUACAGUUAGGAUGUGCUUCUCUUGUGGGACUUGACCCAUCAGUUGAAGGCAUUUUAACCCAACUACAGAAGUGUAACUUGCCAAAUUUGAGGUGGCAGUGAAAUUUAGACAAAGUGAUCCCACCAGAAUCCAACACUAAAUGAUUGCAGAAGUGCUUUCUUAUCUGGUUAAAACAGUUUGCCUGAAUCCACUGUGGUAGCAUCACAUUAAAAUGUCUUUUAAAUAAAUAAUAAAUCUUUAAAGCCAUUUCUAGAUAUAUAUUUUUUCUUAAAUCACCUUACACAGUUUUUAAUAGCAUGCAACAAAAUAUUAAAUCCCUGCAAAAUAUUAAACUAUGGCAUUGGUUCCACUUGUUAGCCACAGUAGUUUGUCUAAAGCAGCAAAAAUACAAAUACAUAAGCUAUUUUUACCCUUUGUAAUAUAUCUUCAUUGCUAGCAUAUGAAUUUGUCUAAUAAUCUUGAGGGGUUUCGAUACGACACAGCCAUAUAUGCUUAAGCAUGUUCAAUUUAACAUGACAGGCAUUUCUUAAUAAUUAAUAUUUUCCAUCUAAGAAAGAUCCAUACCCUUUAAGAUUAUGGUUUCAAAAAUGCCUAGCAUAAUUAAGACUUAUUUUACUUUUUAAAUAAGAGAGUAAAACUAGUAUUUCAUAUUAAAAGUAGCAUUAGGCACUAUCACGGAUAGGAAUAAAAUAGGCUACUGCAAUAGAUAGUAGCCUAUAAAAUUAGUAAACUUCUACUGACAUCUUAAUUGGAAAACUAAAUCACCUGCUCUAAGCAUCUGACAUCAGACUUGAUGCAUUCCAUCAUGUUGAUAGGAAAGAUACAAGUUAUAUAUUAGGAUAGAUUUUAUACAUUUUCAUGCUGUACACAAUUCUUCCUCUUUGAAUAGGGGUGAUUUUAAAGUGGUGGAUCAUACUUGAAGCAACUGCUGAGCGACAUAUUUUGCAUUUCAUUAACUAAAUCAAACACAGAUUUAUGAGGAAUAUGUAAACUAUGUUACACUGUAGACUAAGAAUCUCAAGGCAUGUUUCUUUUAGGAUGCUGGUUGCUUACAGGUGCUUGCAAUUCCACCUGUCAUGUAUUAAUUUCCGGUUGUUUGUGAGGUGAUUUCAGGUUGUUUGAACAAAUUUUUGCUUAACCAUUGUCAGGAAUCUUGGGCAGUGCCAGUGGCUGCCUUGUCCCUGACUCCCUCCAUUGUAUCUCCCCCCCCCCCCAAACCUGGCGUGACCAAUUCACUUGAUUUUCCCUGUUAAGCCACAGUCUCAGUAUAGCAGUUUGGUCUACAGCUUCUUCGCUUCAGAGAACAGGAGAGGGGGGGCGGGCGGGGGGGGGGGCGCCACUCUCAGUGCCUUUCCUGGUUAUUUUUUCUUCUUUUCUGCCAUUUUUUUUUUUUAAGCAUCAUAUGCAUUUAUCUCCACCUGCCAGCUUGUGAGACCAAGAAAACCCACCCACCUAGGAGAGGCUGGCAAGCUGUGAUACUAGUUCUUUGCAACAACUUUGCAUCAGCAUAAACAUGCCUUAACCUGUGAGUGAUCUGGGUGGCUGGGCAACUAGGAAAGUGACAGGCUGAGCUUCUCCCUUCCAAGACUAAGAGGGUGUCAGCUCUCUUCCCACUUUAAUUUUUAAUUAUUGUCUGUUUGUUGCGUUGAUAUCCCACCUUUUUCUCAAAGUGGCAUACAGUGGUACCUCGGGUUAAGAACUUAAUUCGUUCCCGAGGUCCGUUCUUAAUCUGAAACUGUUCAGAGGUACAACUUUAGCUAAUGGGGCCUCCAGCUGCCGCUGCACCACCGCCGUGCGAUUUCCGUUCUCAUCCUGAAGCAAAGUUCUUAACCCGAGGUACUAUUUCUGGGUUAGCGGAGUCUGUAACCUGAAGCGUCUGUAACCUGAAGUGUCUGUAACUCGAGGUACCACUGUACGUGGUUCUCUCUGGCCUCAUUUAAUCACCACAGCAACCCUGUGAGGUAGGUUAGGCUGAGAGGCUGGCCCAAGGUCACCCUUCAUGGCCGUGUGAGGAUUUGAACCCUGGCCUCCUGGGUCCUAGCCCUGUACUCUAACCACUACACUUACCCUUCUAGGGGAAGGGGCAGAGAAGAUGCAUUCAAAGAAGACAAGAAAAGCAGACACCUUCCAUGAAAAAUAAAGUGCUUUCCUUGGGAUUAUCAGACCCAGACCAUACAAGGUUGUGCAUAUUCAUCACCAAAGGAACUGAAAUUGCCAAGGAAAUUUAAUUGCUUCAGUCAAAACAAUAUAUUCUGAAUAGGUUGAAUUUACCGAAGGCUGGUUUUCAGUAUUUCCCCCCCUAAGAUUCAGGAAAGUUUGGGAAUGGAUGGAAGAAGAGCCAUAGGGGCUAGGUAGGUUUAGAUAGCAUGAAAGAAACGUAAAAGAAAUACACACGAAGAAUUUUGAUUUCAUGCACAAUCUUUAUUGCAGUGAUUCACUAAAUACAGUUCUUUGUGGUGUUAAUAGAAUAACAGCUGAGAAAUCCCAAUGGCAAAGUGCUAUGAGCUAUUUUUCUUUCUUCAGGCUUACUGUGGUUUCUCUCGACCUGGUAUUCCACCACAUCACCUUUCUGCAGUGGCUACUGGAAACUGGGGCUGUGGUGCUUUUGGAGGAGAUUCAAGAUUGAAAGGUAAAGGUUAGAAAUAUUGUGACGAAUUACAUGUAACUAGAAUCACAUGUAACAGAGUACCUGAGAGCAGGGUGGGCAAGAAGGGAAAAUUUCUGAAAUCAGCUUCCUUGUGCCAGAAAAUGUGAGGUGUUUUUAUUUACCCAAUUUGUAACUGCUUAAUCUAAAAUUUACAAAACCCAAACCUCUGAGAAAUUUGCAAAGUAACAAACAAUCGCAAAGCUAAAAUGCAAAUGUAACAUUUAUUCCCUGGAUGACUGGCAGUGGUGCACUUUGGGGGCAAAGGGAAGUUUGGAAGGGGGAUGUUAAAGCCAUAAGUGCAUGCAGUGGCUGUUAGAACCCUUAGCUUUUACAGGCACUUGAAGGCUUAGGGACAAACAGAAAAUCAUUCUAUUCUGUGACUGAGAUGACGUGUUAUACAGAAAAAAUAUUCACAAAUCCUGGAGCUCUAGCUAACCUAAACUUGUCGAACUGGCUUUGUUUACCGUAUUUGUCUGUGUAUAAGACGCCCCCUUGUAUAAGACGACCCCUAUUUUUUUAAACCCAAAAUUAAGAAAUUAAGUUGUUUAGCUUGGGGGGGGGGUCACUUCCACCAAUCGCUCACUCGCCUGCCCGCCACUGUUGAUCGCUUGCCACAGCCACUGCUGAUCGCUCACCUCGCCGCCCACUUGCCAUAGCCGCCAGUCGCCUGCCCGCCUCGCCACAGCCACCAAUUGCCUGCCCAAUUGCUGCAGCCACAGCCAAUCGCCAGCAGGCCUUGCCACAGCCACCAAUCACCUGCCCAAUCACUGCUGCCAAUCUCCUGCUGCCAUUAAUCGCACGUCCCCCCUCUGCAUUCACUAUCCGUGUAUAAGACGACACCCAAUUUUUGCCUUUUUUAAAAAAGCAGAAAGCAUUGUCUUAUACAUGGGAAAAUACAGUACACAGAAUUGAUGGAAGACUGAAAUGUUAGCAUCUGCUAACAUGAUUGCUUGGAUUAACUGUAAUAAUGGCAAUAUAAAAAUCACUCCCCAAAUAAAGUCUGCCACUUUUUCUUUUUCUUAGUAAUUAGAAAGCAGAUAAAAUUCACCUAUAAAUACAGCCAUUGUACCACAGGAAAAUGUGCAGAAAUUGAACACACUAUAGCAAUUCCUUGCCCACCAGUUAUUUCAUAUGUCUUCCAGUUGAAGCAUUGCCAACAUUAGCUGAAAUUCUGAGUAAUUAAAGCAUGCAAAGUGACCUUUUCUUUCAUAAAUUAUUCCAUGAAGCUAGGGAAAUAAAGGCCAAUGUAAUGUAUUUUUUUGUUCAAGGUCAGGGAUAGUAUGAUGGUGCAGUAGUAAGUAAAGCUAGAAAUAUAGAAAACCUGCAACUAUUGCACUGUUUAUCCCAUGGCAUUAGGGGCAAAACGAGUCCUCUUAUCUUUAUGCCACUUUACUUUAAUAUGGUCAAAGCCUAAAUUAAUGAGCUUUGUUAAGGAGUUACAUUGCUGCAGGAAGAUGGGAGGUUUAAUUUUGUUGUUGCUUUAAUUUUGAGUUUGCUCAUUCUUCCCUACUCAGAGGAGGCAGUAUAUUGUACUAGGAAAAAGCAUGGUGACAACUUAGCUCCUGUUCUUCAUUCCCAUACUGUGGGGAUCACAAGUGUGGUACCCAAGUAGGGAAGCCCAGCCAGAUGGGCGGGGUAUAAAUAAUAAUAAUUAUAUACCCACAUGUGCCUUCUGCAGCGCUUGCAAAAGAUCUCAGUCAAUAUUCCCUCAGAAAUCCACAAUUCACAAGAGACUGUUUGUUCUUCCUGCUGCGUUCCAGUUUGCACUUGCUCAGCUUUUCCUACACUGAACACACACGCCCUUAAACUUUUCCCCAUUUCACUGGAUACCAAGAUUGGACACUCAUCCCCUUGUCCAUUCUGAACAGAGGAGCUGAGCAAAGAGCUUCUCGAGUGUGGUAGUGGCUGGCAAGGUAGCUGAUUGGGGGGAUAUGCCCACACCAUUUUGUGGUUCUGCCUCUACUUCCGCUCCUUUGGACAUGGCAGCCAUUUUGUCUUGCCUCUGAGGCAGCCAUUUUAGGAUGGGCAACCAUUCCAAACAUGUCCGCUGGCUCAAAAAUGUUGGCAACCCCUGGCCUCUUCAAACAAGCUGCUUGGUUUUAUAAUGCCUGGACAGUCUUUAAAAUUGUGUCCUGCUGCACUAGCAGUAAACUUCCCAGUAGGAAAACCUGCCUUUUGCAUGAUGUGUGACGAGUGUGGGAUGAGUCUGUUUUGCAGUGCAAGUACACAAAUUUGACAGCCUUUGCAUUCAUUGGCUGAUUGGUAGAUGUCUUCGCGGUGCAAAAAUGCUAAUGCCAUGUUGACUCUGUUAUAAGCAAACACUUAGCUUAUUAAGUGUGAUUAGUAAACUCUACUCAAAGCACCUCCUUAACAAGUUUAACAAGUGUUUGUAUCAUUUAGGAAAAUUGCACUGUUAAAAUAGGAUUGUUUGGUGUUCCAUAGUUGUCCAAGCUCUCCUUUUCUGAUGACAAACUGGAACUCAUAAUUCCAGUCCUUAAUUUUUAGAUUAGAGCAGUACAUAAAUGAGAUCACAGAAUUCUAGGAACAGUGGUUGCAUGAGAGAGCAAAGGCAUGACUAACCUUGAGUUAAGUUGUUGAACCAAUAAGUGCAGUGCCCUCCAACUUACUUUUGAAGGAUGGAGUGGGCACAGUAUUUAACACAGCAAGUGGCUGUGGGUCUCAGGACUGUGCAAGCAAAUGGGCAGUCCUAGUGGGCUGGCUAGAUGAGGUCUGCGUGCCCUGGCAUCUCUAUGCCCUAAGUGACAGAGGCAGGUGGGUGCAAGCUCAGCAUCAGAUGUACUCUCCAUCAUCUAUCCUGAAGUCGGGAGGCUCCUGUGCAGCUGGGGACGAUGCCAGAGCCAGCUCCUUGGCUGCAGAAGCUGGAGUGGGCUUUUCUGGCAGGAAAGUAACUGGCGACAGUUCUGUCAAGUUGUGUGACCCAUCUACAGAGCGUGGAUCUCCGUCCCCUCUCCCACUCCUUAGGACCCUCCUUAGGAUCAGGCACAAAAUGGGGCUCAGAAUCCACCACCCCGCCACCACCACUUGUAACUCCCCAGGGUCAUCCUGAUCCAGCCCCCCAAGUUCCUCCCAUUCCUUCUGAGGGUCCAACCACCCCCUCCAAGACUUUUCCACUAUUGACACCAGUGAACUCCUUCAUUCUGUAUUCACCUGUUUCUCUUGUAUCAAUUUAUUUCAGCCUUAAUACAAAUCUUGGCAGCUGCAGAGGCUGGGCGAGACAUUGUUUAUUUUACCUUUGGAGAUGCUGAGUUGAUGAGAGACAUUUACAGCAUGCACACUUUCCUAAUCGAGAGAGGACAAACUGUUGGUAAGCAUCAACUGACUCUUUGGAAGAACGUGUGAUGAUAAACAAGGCAGGGUCAUGGUCGCUAUUAUACUACUCACCUAAAUCAAGGAAAAGAUUUUUGGGAAAUGAAGAAAUUGAGCUGUGGUGUUUACAAUUCAAUCGUUUGUGAGCAGGCAGUUAAAAACUGGCUGUUUCAAAAUGAAUAACUUUUGAUUUUGUUUUGCUUUGUUUUUCAUUUUCCAGGGGAUGUCUACAGGCUGUUGCUCAGAUAUUACAAUGAGGAAUGCAGGUGCUGCUCUACUCCAAGACCAGAGAUCAAACUCUACCCUUUCAUAUACAGUGCAGUAGAGUCCUAUGCAGAUUCCACUGAUGACGAAAGAGGGUUAUGUUUUGAUGACUAAAAAUCAAAUUUUCAAGAUGAAUAUCCCUUCUUGUCUUCUCCAUGUAGGAUAUUAAUUGAAUUGCUGGAUGUAACAUACAGAGUAGCUUAAUAUAUCCAUGUAUAUAAUUCUUGUUUUAUGCAUUAUAUCUGAAGACCAAUCUUGGAAAGAAACCAAUUUUAUUUCCAGUGUAGAAUGUAAAUCCUAAUCAUUGCAUAAUAGAACGAAAUGUUUGGUAAACAUAUUUAUCUCCCCCCUCCCCCUCGGUUCAAGGUUGAGUUUUUGACCUCUUUUCUUUAUGGGCUUAUUUGAAAGCAGCAGAUUUGUACUUGCCUACCCUUUCUUUCCAUUUUUUAUAGAGAUGCUCAUAUAUAAUAGAAAGAGAUUUCCUAUAUAAACCAGUUUCUUAGCACGCCCUUCGGUAGUAUAAUUUAUGAGAGGCGGUGGGGGAAGCCUUGUAAUGAUCUGUUCUAUUGGACAUAUAGUUUCAUAAAUAAACCACCCUUAACACCCCACUAAUAAUUUUAAAGACAUUGGGUUGGAUCCAGUGCUAGGCCUACUUUCAGAGUAGAUCCAUUUAAGUGAAUGGACAUGAUUAACUUGGGUCAAUUAAUUUCAGUGGGUCUACUCUGAGUAGGACUUGCUGUAAGCAAAGCUGCCCUAGAAACAAGAAUGGCAAGUGUAUCCCGAGAUUGCGUCCCUUUUGAUGGAGGCAGGAUGAGGCAAAGCAUGAGCAGCAGACGGAAAGCAGCAUGAUGGAUCCAGGUUACAAAAAAGACAGGAUCAAAAGUAAGAGAUGGUAAAGGGAUUUAUAUUAUUUAGAAGAAGAAGGGGGGAAAAUAAAACUAUAGAAAGGGCCAUAUAUUUAUGAAAGGAUGAAACAGCUUUUUAAAAUGGUUUUAAAUUGCACCAGUUUCUUUGUUGCAGUUUUCUGAUAUUCCUGCAAUUCUGAUGGAUAAAUAUAUCUAUAUGUUAUUUAAUGUACAGUGAAACCUAGAUUAUUAUACUAGGAUUUCAGUUAUAUAAUAUACAACCCUGUAAGGCAUGCCUUCCUAAGUAUGGACAAUAUCGUUGAAACUUUGCUUUGGUAAAUGCACAAGCCGAAGGAAGCAUCUCCAAGACAGCCCCAAAUGGGAGUUGUGUGUGGCCACAGUUCACAACUCAUCAUUUCAGUGGGACACUGGGAAAAAAAACUAUUGCUUGAUUUUGCCCUUCAGGGGAACGUGUUCUAAAAAAAGGAAAUAAAAAUUCACAGGAGGGACAUUGGCAGAAACGUUGCUAUAACCAGUUCUCUGUUGGCUAAUGGAAAAGCAGCAUUAAGGAAACCUUGCUGCUUAAUGCUGAUUGCAGCAUAAUGCUGCGUUGACUUUUCUCUCCAGCUUUGAAACAAACUAGCACGGGGUGAAUAGGUUAAUAAGAGCCGUAUGGUCCCAACAGCUUCCUAAUUAAAGAGAAAACUAAACUGUCCAGGAUGCUGCAUCAAAGCCAAAAGGCAUAAUUCCAGGUCGAUUCAAUAUUUUCCCUUUGUCUUAAUUUCUUUCACAGCUAUUCAGUAUCUUCCUUCUCAACUAUGUGGUAUACUCUCUAUUUUUAGCAAGAGAGAACUUCCUGGUGCUGCAAUCUUGAAUACUGAGAGAGCUGAUGGGCCAAUGAUCCAUUAGAUGGGAAUGUGCCAUCACAAACAGCUGUGUAAUAGAGUGCUUUUCUCUCUUGACCAAUCUCUCUCUAAAUUCUGCAGUGACAAAACAUGCAAUUAUAGUCACCCAUGGCUGUAUAUAAUAAUUUAUAAAAAGCUGAAGUAUAACGUUCUUUAAACUUGCAGGUUGUGCGUUUGUUAUUUUUGGAUUGGGGCGGUGAAAAAUCAGUAUGCUACAUUUACAUGAUUUCUUUUGUAAAGGAAAAUAAUAAACCCAAUGAACAUUUUUCUCCACA